AUGGCUGCUUUAGUGAACACACAAAACACAUACCCUAUGCUGCACAGACUGUCUGUCAGGACUAUCGAUGAAGACAUUGAAAGAAUCGAAAAUGGUGCUAGCAGGUAAUGAUCCAUUAUAAGAAAACUAUAGUGCUUUCAGUAAAUUGAAAAUCUUUAUUUUUUUACCCAAUUUGAUUUUAAUUUCCAAUGGUAUUUUUAAAAAAUAAGUUUUUUAUUUAUAUAUUUAUCUACCCAGAAGAGAUACUUUGUGGCUACAGAAAAAUGAAAACUAUAAUGAUCAUUUAAAAAAAAAAAAAAAAAAAAUACUAGUCACCACAAUUUAAUGUAUUUAUUCAUGCAUGGAUUCUCUUCGUGUAUGGAGAUUCACACUAAAGUUCAUACUGGCUCUGUACUGAAUGAGGCAAAACAAUCGGGUGUUGUAUGGUGCCAUUCGGACGGCAAAAUCCAGGCAGUCUUGAUUUUGCACUGUAUGCCCCCGAAUGAGACUGAAUUAGUCCGGAUGAAAUGUUUGUUAAAAUCCAGGCCUGAAAUUUACAAAUUCUAACUAUUGAAUAUAGGUUGGCUGGUCAGCACUUGCUUGCUAGCUGCCACAUUAAAGUAAAAAAAAAAAAAAAAAGCCUAUGAGGGUCAUCAUGACACAUAACUAAAACACACACACUUUAUCAUGCAGUCAAACACACACUGACUGACUGACUAUUUAUGCCCCUACCUGCCGUGCCACUGGUGGUGUGUAUGUGUAUCACAGUGUGUGUGUGUGACAGUGUAUGUGUAUACACACAAAUACACACCUACAUUCAAACUUCAACACUAGAUACAAACACACUCCUGCAUUGAAACAUCAACACCACAUACAAACACACAUUGACACAAACAUACUCCAUACAAAACAUGCUUACAUUCAAACACACAAACACUUCUCAUUGCUAAAUACAACACUGCAGGAUUUAGAAGAUGGUAGAGCCCCAGCUGUUAAAGCAUUGUUGUAGUAUGACAAAUAUGGAUCUACCUUUUGGCCACCUUUAGGGAGGUAAUAAUUUAUGCAACGGGGCAUCGACUUACCAUUGUCCACUUCCCCAAAUAAUGCCAUGGUCUUCCUGGGGGGCCCCAUUCACUGCACCCACUCAUGCAAACUGACACGCACAUGCUGACUCAAGCAGGCGCACACUGACCCAUACAGACACUGACCCACUCAAACUUGUGCCCACAAUGACAUAUUCAGGCUGACUCCCACAUUGACCCAUGCAGACCAACACCUACAUUGAUCCAUGCAAACUGACAUCCACACUGACCCAGGCAGACACACACACUGACUCAUGCAGACUGACUUACACACGCACGGACCAAUACAGACUGACUCCCACACACACAUGCACAUACUGACCCAUGGAAACUGAUGCCCACACUGACCCAUGCAGACACACACUAACCCAUGUAGACAUACACACACACUGGCCCAUGCAGACAUAGACACACACUCACUGACCCAUGCAGACACACACACUGACCCAUGCAGACACACACACACCCUGACCCAUGCAUACUGACACCCAGACUCACCCAAGCUGACUGACACCCACACUGACCCAUUCAGACACACACAGACUGACACACACACACACACACACACACACACACACUGACUUAUGCAGACUAACACACACACACUGACUUAUGUAGGCACACACACACUGACCCAUGCAGACUGACACCCAGACUGACCCAUGCAGGCUGAUCCACACAACGACCCAUGCAAACACACAGGCACACUGACUCAUGCAGACUGAUGUACACAUGCACACACACACUGAUCCAUGCAGACUGACACACACACACACACACACACACUGACUUAUGCAGGCUAACAAACACUGACACAUGCUGGCUGACACACACACACACACUUUACCAUGCAGACAAACACACACUGACCCAUGCAGACUGACACACACACAUACUCACUUAUGCAGGCUGACACACACUGACCCAUGCUGGCUGACACACACACUUUACCAUGCAGACAAACACACACUGACUCAUGCAGACACACACAUACACAUACUGACUUAUGCAGGCUGACACACACUGACCCAUGCUGGCUGACACACACACACACACACACACAGAGUUUACCAUGCAGACAAAUACACACUGACUCAUGGAGACACACUCACUGACUCAUGCAGACUGACUCACACACGCACUGACCAAUGAAGACUGACUCUCACACACACAUGCACAUACUGACCCAUGCAAACUGAUGCCCACACUGACCCAUGCAGACACACACACACUAACCCAUGCAGACAUACACACACACUGACCCAUGCAGACAUACAGAAACACACACUGGCCCAUACAGACAUAGACACACACUCACUGACCCAGGCAGACCCACACACUGACCCAUGCAGACACACACACACACACACACACACUGACCCAUGCAUACUGACACCCAGACUCACCCAAGCUGACUGACACCCACACUGACCCAUUCAGACACACACACACUCACACACUGACUAAUGCAGACUGACACAUACACACACAGUGACCAAUGCAGAUUGACAUACACACACACACACACACUGACUUAUGCAGACUGACACACACACACUGACCCAUGUAGACUGACACACACACACUGACUUGUGUAAGCAAACACACACUGACUCAUGCUGACUGAAAAACAAACACACACACUGACCCAUACAUACACCCAUGCAGACUGACACCCAGACUGACCCAUGUAGACUGAUCCACACAAUGACCCAUGCAAACACACAGGCACACUUUACCAUGCAGACUGACACACACACACUUUACCAUGCAGACAAACACACACUGACCCAUGCAAACACACAGGCACACUGACCCACGCAGACUGACACACACACAUACUGACUUAUGCAAGCUGACACACACUGACCCAUGCUGGCUGACACACACAGUUUACCAUGCAGACAAAUACACACUGACUCAUGGUGAAACACACACACACACUGACCGAUGCAGACACACACAUACACUGACCCAUGCAGACACAUACUGACGCCCAGACUGACCCAUGUUGACUGAAGUGCAGCACAAUGCAGUUUUUUUAUUUAAAAAAAAAAGACAUUGAUGAAACUGCUACACUAGUGAGACUUCUAGCAGUUUUUCCAGAUAGCUACAUUCAUGUUUUCAUGAAUGGAGCCAGAUGGGGUUACAAUCCAAUCUCUGUAAUAGAACAUGAGAGGUUAUAGGAACUUGUAGUGUAUUGGUAUGGUGAGCCCAGAACAUAGAUGUUACAGAGACAAUUGCUAAUUACUAAUUAACCAACAAUUACAUUUCUAGAGAAAGUGGACUAUGACAUAAAAUAAUUUUUCCUAGAUCUUUUUACAGAUAUUUAGCUCCAAUUUUAGAAAAAAAAUAGUUAUAUAACUAGCAUUACUUUUUGACAGCUUUUAAUGACAAAUUAUAUUUGUGGACUACCGUGAAGUAGUCUACUGCUGUUCUAAAGCAACUAUAACUUAACUAAAACGUAUAUGUUAUAGCUGAUCUGCAGUCCAAUUGGGAUUGAUUACAGAUUAAAAAUUUUGAGAAAAAGAGUGAAAAGGCAUUUUGGGGAAGGAGUAUUGUCUGGUGCUGUAGAGAAUUUCCAGACUGGCUUUGAUAAACUAUUAUAGAAAAAAAGGUUAUAUGGAAUCCUAAUCAUGGGAGUUAAAUAUUAGAACAAUGUUAAGGUAGAGAUAGUCUGUUUUUAAAUGUUAGAAUCUUCCACUCCUCUGACAAACCCCCAUUUAGUACAUGAAACAUUUUAUUUGUGUGACUUUUAUGAGUAUACAACGUAUCUGGGUCAGAACACUGCAUUAUUGUCUUCAACCAGACAAAUUAAAAAUUCACAUCUAAGGAGUCUGAAUUUGCCAAAUUCAUUAAAUACAUGCACACAAAGUCCAUUAUUCAAAUAAAAACAUAUAUAAGGUAAAUAUAUAAAAUAGAAUAGAACCAUGCAUGAAAAAUAUACAACACUUGAGUGGUGAUCCAGGUAAAUCAUUUUUUGUGAUGCAUGUUUCUCCUGCAAGUCUGGUUUUCUCAGUAAAGUCUUUCAGAUGUUGUUGAGGAAUAAUAAACACAGUAAAACGAGGUAAUAACAGGAUAACAAUCUCAGUGGGUAAGGGCAGGGAUAGGCAUUACCUGAAGUGGGGACUACUUCCCAUUCAUACUCAAGUUGUAGCAUUCUGUCUUUAGUAUUGCUCAGACACUACAAUAGGUAGUAAAGUCAUACUCACAGUUUCUUGCAUUUUGGAUUCCUGUGUGAUGUAGGUUUGAAAUAAAUGUGAGCACAGGGUAGAUUAACGGGUAAAGAUUAAUCUUAUUCAUCCAGUGACUGCAGUCCUCGCUGGAAGAAAGUCACAUGCCCUCCUCCUGUUAGAAACCACCAAAUUCCUGAGGUUGACCUCCGUGCAAAAUUUAAAAAAAAGAGCGAUCUCAACCAGCUGAGGUACAAAUGCAAAAAAAUGUAGUAUAUAAUGUAUUAGCAACAUGACAAUAUAACAGAGGAGAGCACCAGGUAGAUGCUUGGGUGUUUCGUGCUUUGGUGGCAAUUCCUCAACGACCAAGUUGACCGGCAACACGAGUCGGUCUUGAUAAGAAUUUAAUAAGUUCCAAAGGUCUGAAGUUCAGUAUUGAUAACAUCCUGUCUGGGACAUACUUUCUGACAGUUAUAAGCAAAAUCAAAGGCGACCUAGCAAAGGAAAGUAGCAGCUACAACAUAUUUAAAGCAAGCCGCUUAUCUGUGUCUUGGAAGAAUGUGUAAAUAUUACAAAUGAAGAAGACCAAAUGAUUAUAGGAAAACUCCAAACCUCUAACGGAUGCUGAAGUGCUUUAGUGGUUAAAAGCAUGUUCCCUCUGCCUUAUUUUAUAGCAAUGAAUAUUUCAAAAGAAGUUAGCUAUUUUAUAAUUCCCCUUUGGUAACACCACUAGGCUGUCUGAUUGGAUUCCUCACUCACUUUGUGAGCUUUCUAAGAGCAGAAAUUAGGACUUCUCUAUGAGAAGUAUUACUGGUGGUUCACAGCACUUCUUCCGUAUGCACCCUAUGUCCCAAUGUAUUGGAGAAGCAUUGGAUUGACUGGGAAAACAUUACCAGGAUUAGUGGUAAAUAAAGUGUUUUUUAUUUAAAUUUUAAUAUGGGGGUCCAAAAUCUAAAAUAAUAAAAGAACACUCUAAUGUUAGCAACGAAUGCAUUUAUUUGUAACAGUGGAGUGUUUCUUUAAUGAUAUUUUGCAUGCAAUAUAUUUUAAUUUACAGUAUCUAUCUGCCAAUGCUUGGGAGUAUUGUCUGGAAUAUCAUGUUUACUAUCUGCCACCAUGCUCAUUCUAAGGUUACAUCAACAUUAUUUCCAAUCCAUUUAAAGGUUUACAGUUUAGAAAAUCAGUUAGUUAACCCCUUAAGGUCCAAACUUCUGGAAUAAAAUGGAAUCAUGACAUGUCACACAUGUCAUGUGUCCUUAAGGGGUUAAACAUAUGACAUAUUAAACAAAAUAAAUAUUUUAGAAAAACCUAUUUGGUUAAAGAAAAUCACUAAGAAAAUGAAUGGAAUAAUAAUACAACAAAGAUAACGAGCAGAUCAAGAAAUUAAUGUGUACAAUGUUUUUUUUUCUUCAUUUUAAAUUAUGUUUGCUCUGUCCAAUUUUCAAUCUUGUUAAUCCAUAUUGUUUUAAUUAAUUUUGCUGUCUUUGUUUUUUUAUUAUAAUUUUCUUUUAUUGGUUUUUUAUCUCAAAGAGAUAAAUGAGAGCCUAAGUAAAAGCGCAGUGGUUACAGAAGAAAGCAGUGGUUAUUACAGACACAAAAUACAUUAGUUGUUGUUCAAGAGGUAUCACUUUUUAAGUUGCUAUUACAAUAUAGGGAAUUUUGCUUUUUUAUACAAUUUCUAAAAGGGUAUAACAAGUGAUUGAGGUUAAUAAAAACUUCAUUUUGCAACUUCUCAUUUACCUCUGUACAUCUUUAUAUGUACCUUUGUGUCGAUUGUAACCCAUCAUCUCUAUUUACAACUCAAGUUGCAGUGUAACCUCUUCUUGAGUCUUUUCCUUUUGCUAGAUAGGAAUGUAAACUCGGGAGGGGGAAGAUAACACAGGGUGGUUGGGGUGGGGAGAACACUUUUCGUCCUUAUAUGCCGUAACGUUGUGUGAAGGCGUGUGUGGUUAAAUAUUUGUGCUUUAGUUGGAGCGGGUCUCAGGUAUCAGGGGGAGGAUUGGGCGUUUUGGGUGGGGGUUGUCACCCCCCUGUUGGUUAGGCAUGAUUCCCAUAAUUUCCAUGCCUCCCUCCAGAACGGUUUGGGGGGUUUGGUCAGUCUAGCCAUAACCUCAUAUGACUUAGUGGUUUGUACCGUUUGGAUACUUAGAUUAAUGUCCGGAGAGGCCUCAGAGAGCCAGGCUCUGCUGAUUGUAGAGAGAGUUGCUACUAUGAUAUGGUAGGAGAGAUAUUUUGCAGGUUUUGGCAUGUUACUUGGGAAGAGUUGUAAUAAGUAGGUUUCCGGUCGUAAUGGUAUCGUUACCCCUGCUGAGUCCUGUAUUAGUUGCCUCACUGUUUCCCAGAACUUUGUAAUUUUUUGGCAUGUCCACCAUAUGUGGUACAUAGUGCCCGGUGCUGAUUUGCAUCUCCAGCACAGAUCUGACCUGUUAGGGUCCAUGUGUUUGAGCCGUGUAGACACCAUAUACCAUCGGUAGAGGAUCUUUCUGGUUAAUUCUAUAUGUGUAGCGCAUAGGGGAAGUGUUUUGUUAGCUAGGUAGAUUUUGGACCACUGUGCUUGGUCGAGUGUCUCACCAAAGUCUGAUUCCCAUGCUCUCGCAAAGGAGGGUUUUCCUGUGUUAGGUUGUUUUGUAAUGAGUGCAUAUAGCGAAGAAAUGAUUUUCGUGGGAUUUCGUUUUUGAGUGCAAAGUUCUACGAUUCGAGGUAUAUGGGAGCUUGUUGUUUGUUUCUGUAGCUGUUAUGGGCAUAUGCCUUGUGAGCCAAGAUUUAAUCUGGAGGUAGGAGAGAAAGGCAGAUUUGGACAGUCCAAAUGUAGUUUGGAGAUAUAGGAAUGAGUGUACAGUUUGGCCAUCUAAUAGUUGUUGUAUUUGGGAGAUUCCGCAUGCGGUAUCAAAAGUGGGGAGAAGGGGCAUGAUUGCAAUAAGAGGGGUUGUUGGUGAAAUAGAGACUUUUUCCUUGGUUUGUUUUUGGUGUGCAUCCCACAUAGAGAGAGUUAGGGAUGUGGUAGGUAGUAUAUAGUCGUAUUUGGGUCUGAGAUGGGAUGGGAGCCACAUAAGUUCUUUGAGUGUGUGGUUUCCUGUGUACGAAGCCUCUAUAUUAAGCCAGGUCGGCAGGGUUUUGGGAUGAUGUACGGAGAUUAAUGGGUUCAAUUGCGAUGCUGUGUAAUACUUGGCUAUGUUGGGUACACCUAGGCCUCCUUCCUUGAAUGGUCUGUGGAGAAUCGUAGCUGCUACCCUAGGUUUUUUGUAGUUCCAAAUGUAGUCACUAAGUGUCUUUUGUAUAUUUUUCAGGUAGAUUGGUGGGAGUGCAAUGGGUAGAGUGCGGAAUAAAUACUGCAGUUUGGAGAGGAGAAUCAUUUUUAUGGUCGCUAUGCGGCCAAGCCAGGAUACAUACUUUCCCUUCCAGGUAAAUAAUCGUUGUUUGAUUUCUUUGGCUAUCGUUACAUAAUUGACUUGGAAGAGGAGCUUAGGAUCGGUUGGGAAGUCUAUACCCAGGAAUGUGAGGCUAUUGUUGUCCCAUUGAUAGGCGUAUGUAGUUUUUAAAAUGCUUAGUGUCUUGUGUGGCGAGAAGAGGUGCAUUGCCUUUGUCUUAGUUAUGUUCAGUUUAUAAUAUGAGCAGGCACUGUAUGCCGAUAGGUGGGCUUUGAUACGUGGCAGUGACGUGCGUGGAUUCGUGAUUGUUAGCAUGAUGUCAUCUGCAAACAUUGUGAUCUUGUGUUCUGUUUUCCCUACUUUAAUUCCCUGUAUCUGCGGGUCAUUUCGUAUGAGAUGCGCUAAAGGUUCCAGGGCUAAAACGUAAAGGAGGGGGGAAAGGGGAAAACCCUGUCUGGUUCCAUUCGUGAUUGGGAACUUUGUGGAUUGAAAACCGCUGUUUGCUACCUUGGCACACGGGGCAGAGUAUAAUGCUGAUACUAGAGACAUGAAUCUUGGGGGGAAAUGAUAUUUUGCGAGGACAGCUGCUAGGAAGCUCCAGUGCAGUCUGUCAAAGGCUUUUUCGGCAUCGAGUGACAGAAAUGCACUGGGCCUCCUCCCUCGUCGCGCGCUGUGCAGGAGAUUGAGUAGUUUCCUUGUGCCAUCUGCUCCCUGCCUGCCCGUGACAAAACCCACCUGAUCCUCGUGUAUUAGGAAGGGGAGCAUACGUGAUACUCUAUUUGCAUAAAUUUUUGCUAGGAGUUUUGUGUCACUGUUUAAUAGAGAUAUGGGUCUCAUGUUUUGGGGUGUAGUUGGUGGUUUUCCAGGUUUCGGAAUCGUUGCAAUAUGAGCAAGGAGCAUUUCUGGUGGCAUAGUUCCUGUGUCUAUGAUAUGAUUUAAUGCUUUGAGUAGGUACGGGCCUAUUGUGUCGGAGUAUGUCUUGUAGUAAGUGUUCGUGAAUCCAUUGGGGCCAGGUGAUUUCCCCGGUGGGAGGGCCACGAUAGCUUCUGUAAGCUCUGAGAGUGUAAUUUCAGCCUGUAGAGCGUUUUGUUGGCUUGUGUUUAGCGUGGGAAGGUUGACUUGCAGUAGGAAUGUUUGUAUUUCUUGGUGUGUUGGUUGGUGCGUGUUGGAGUCAUUUUUGAGAUUGUACAGCGAUGUGUAGUACAAUGCCAUGUUAUUGUUAAUGUCUUGAGGGUCAAAAAGUUUUGUGCCGUCUGGCAGGUUGAUGUAAGGUAAUUUAGAUUGGCUUUGUUUAUGUCGUAGGAGGGAGGCUAAAGCUUUGCUUGCUUUGUUGCCCUGACAGUACGUGUGGGUGCGGAGUCUUUGUAGUGUGGACGUUGUCUUGGCUAGCAGAUACUCACUGAGUUUCUUGUUUGUUUGCGUUAUAGCAUUCAGUCCUGUCUCUGUUGGUUUGAGUAGAUGUUCGUUUGUUUGGUCUCGCAAUGUCUGUAGGAGGGUAUUGUAUUCUUGUUGUGCUGUACAUUUAAUGUAGGCUGCUUUACUGAUUGCUAGGCCUCUUAGGACCACUUUGUGUGCCUGCCAUAUUGUCUCAGGGGAAACGUCAUGUGUGUCAUUUGUAUGAAAGUAUGAGGUGAGUUCUGAUUGUAACAACAUUUUAAAUUCAUGGUUGUUUAGUAAGUAGUCAGGCAGGGCCACGGGGUUUUCCCCCUAUGUGGGAAGGUGUCCGUGAGGGUUAGGUCUAUUGGGGCGUGGUCCAUCCAAAUUAUGUCACCUAUGUGACAAUCUUCUAUUGAGGAUAAAAAAGUUCGGGCCACUAGUGCAUGGUCUAUCCUCGAGUGUGUCUUGUGCAUAGGGGAGAAGUAGGUGUAUUCCCGAUCAUUGGGGUGCUUGGUUCUCCAAAUGUCAUUUAUGUCAUAUUCCAUAAGUAAUUUGGUGAGCGCUUUGCAUUUGGACGUGAGGGAUGUGUGUCUUCGGGUUUGCGGGAGCACCGUCGUGUCUAAUUGGGGGUGUAGUAUGUGGUUUAAGUCCCCACACAGAAUCAAAUAGGGUAGUUGUGGCGCUGGUAUCUUGGAGAGCACAUGAUGGAGGAAAUUGCGCUGAUUAGAGUUUGUGCCAUAUAUUGUGACUAAUGUGUAUGUCUUGUUGUUGAUCUUACAGUGUAGAAUAAUGUAUCUCCCUUGUGUAUCCUGCUUAAGUUGUAGGAGUUCGAAUGUAAGGGAGUUGUGUAUCAUUAUGGAUACACCUUGUGCGGUUUUGUACAAAGUGUGUCUCUUGAAUGCAUAGAACAUCUAUUUUGUCUUUCUUCGAGUUCAGUAGGACUCGUCUCUUGUGCGGCGUAUUUAUUCCACGAACAUUAAUGGAGCGUAUUGUUAUGAAUUUUUAAGGUAAGGUAUAGUGCUUUUCUGAAUCAUGACAUCGGUGUUCGGUGUGUAUGGGUGGCAUUUAGUUAUGAGUAGUGUUCCUUUAAGGGAGUUUAAAACUUGGGUGGGAGGGUGUUAAUUGGGGUCGUGUUUGAACAUUGGGAGUAAGUAUGUACAGGAUUCCCCAAAGGGGAGUGUGGUGCAUAGAUGGUGCAGCAUGGGGUUAGGAACAGUAGGUUCCAGUGCGUGUGGCUUUUGGGCUAUGGUGUUUGUCAUUAUGUCUUUGGACAGAAAGGGUUACACGGGUUAGCGUGUAGCAGGUGAAGGUCUUAUAGGGGUAACGCAGAGGUGAGGGCUCGUGUCAGGAGUUGGUCGGUUAGGGAGUUUUACCGCUUAUCUAGAUUUCCAUGUCUUCCCAAGGCCCCCUCUCCCUCCUCGUCUUAUUUCCGACCGGGUCACGGCCGCGUCGGCACUCCCCAGUCCGCUUCAGGCGGAAAGAGGGAGGCCAAGGCCCCCGCUCCCCAGUCUCCUCUCUCUCCUUCUCGGUUUUAACCUCUUGAUCCCACAUCAGGUGCAGUUCCUUUGCUCUCAAAUUGUGCGCCCCGGCUCCAGAGCAGGUCCGGAGCGCCCAGACAGCACAUCAAACAAUGCAAGUUUUGAGGUCAUUACAUAGUUAUUGUACAGUUAAGCAUGUUAUAUCUUGUAGCAGUGAGGCCUGUGAUCGAUCCUAAGCUCAUUCGCCCAGCCCCGGGCCGCAUCCUCCCGCCCGGCCUCCCCCCGUGGAGGAAGGCGGGCCGAGACGCCCAGGACCCGGCUCACCGCCUUUGACAUACAACUGGUUCAUACACAAUACAUUGGAGGAGAAUGUCUGUAGCUAGUAAGUUCAUGAGGGCCAGAGGCUCAGGUGACAUGGGAAGGUGCAGUGAGCCAUCAGGCUCGGAAUACUUGCGGGUUUACUCCUCAGACCAGCGUUCGACUUUAGCGUUUGGAGGGUGGUUUCGUCCACUCUAGGCGGAGUCUCCCCACUUGCGUGUUGUCUGUGUCGGUUUUCUUGCAUGGUGAUGCCCCAAGCUUUCAGUUUUUUAAGUCCGUCCUCCGGAGACAUAAUGGCCUUGAAGCUGCCAUCCUUGUGUGCUAGCAAUUUGGUGGGGAAUCCCCAUCUGUACCUUAUGCCGUUUGUGCGGAGGGCGUCGGUGAUUGGAGCAAAGUCUUUCCGCCGUCGGAGUGUGGUUGCAGACAGGUCUGUGAAUAGUUGAACAGUGGGGUAAUCAUCAUGAGGUUUGCUUUUGUUCCUACUUUCACGGAGGAUAUGCUCCUUGAUGUGAAAGUAGUGGAUGCGAAUGAGCACAUCUCUUGGCGUGGUAUCGGGCAGGUGGCAAUAACAUUUACUGAAUUAUGUAACCGCGGGCGCGGGACCAGGUGUGCUCGGUCGACUAAGAGCAUGUCUGUUGGUACCUCUGGGCUGUAGGCCUUAAGCAGGCCUCUAAUGUAGGCUGGUAGUUCCGUCUGUGUCACCGAUUCUGGCACUUCUCGGAGCCAGAGAUUGUUUCUCCUCGACCGGUCUUCCAGGUCGGCUAGUUUAUGCUCCAGGAGUGUUAUUUUGUCUGCCAUAUUCUCCGUGUGAUCAGCCAGAUCAUUGUGAGCCGUCGCGAAGUCGUCCAUUUUGGAUUCCAUGUGUGCCGUUCUGCGGCCUAGUUCCUGGACGUCCUUGCGCAGGGAGUCCAUGGAGUGCUGCUAGGCGGUGAUGAGCUUGUUCGAGAGAGCAUCCAGUGCUUUUGUGAGGUGGCUUGGGGUGAGCACUUCUUCUUUGCCCCCAGUAGUUGGUGAGAGAUCGCCAUUUUCUACCUCCUCUCCGCCUUCCUGGUUGGCCACUUGACAGUCACCCACAGCUUGAUCUGGUUUUUGGCCAAAGAAAUUUAGUUUUUCGGCUUUAGAAGUAUUCUUUCUUGCCUUAGGUUGUGACAUCUUGCUAUUUUAAGCUUUUCCCGCUUUCUGUAUGCUAGGAUGGCGCUGGAUUGUUAGCCCAGAUGCCGGAGCUCAGGAUUAAGCAUCCAUUUCGUCCGGCGGUUAGCCACACCCCCGUCUUUGUUUUUUUAAAUGACUCAAAUAUAGGUAAUCAGUCAGAAUUCAUCUGGCACAAGUCAUAUGAGAAAGAGUGUAACGUGUAAGAAAUUAAGUUCUACAUUUUUUUAAGUGUUUGAUGAUCACAUUUUGUUGCUUACAGAUUAAAACAUUAUUUCACAGUGACCCAGGGUUAUGGAUUGAGUGUUCUAUACGUUAUACUUUGUGCAUAAGAGGAAACGUUAAUUUUAAAUAAUACUGCAUAUUUUAUUUAUUUAUUUAUUCUAUAUUUUGUUUUACAGUUUUACACCAGCUGGCAUGUCCCAUGCAGUUCUUUCUCCCCUGUACAUUUUCCAAGAAUGUUUCCAUAUUUGAAUUAUUCAUUUCUAUACAAAUGUAAAGAAAAUGGAAAUUAGAAAAUAGUCAUAGUCAUGUCAGCAAUAGAACAUCUGCAUAAAAUAUAGGAAUUUCUAAUAUGAAUAAAAAGUACCUGCAAAAUGGGAGAAUUUGCAAAACACAAGGUUGUUUGUAAUAUAAUUACAGAACAUUUUAUCUAUUCUGGUUACAUAAUUCAGUAAAUGUUAUUGCUCAUUGCAAUAUGAUCUGAAAACUAAUAUCCAGCACUGGAACCCAUCAUCUUGUCUUUAGUGUCAAAACCAUGAUAAUGCAAAACCUACUUAUGAGGGCACACUUCAAACACAGUUUUUUUGUUAUGUGCUCAAUUAUUAAAAAUAUAAAUAAUUGAUUAAAUUAAGCUGAUAUAUUGGUACCGCCAGUAAAAUCAGUGUUUAAACAUUAAAAUAACAUGCUGUACAACAGAGAUUAAUCCACAAAAACGUUUGAACAAUAUAACAUGAGCCUUGAAGUUGAAAAACAAGAAAUGUAACAUUAAAUAAUGGUGCUCGGCUGGUAAAUCCUACAGACACAGAUCCUACAGUAUGAAGUUACUAUGAAUUCUUUAUUAUUAAUCAAGGGUUCAGCACAAACAUUCGUGAAAUUUCUUUGCAGAGAAUUGCAUGAAGUCAGUGGUCUUCAGGAUGUCAUUUUCCGUACAUAUGAGUGAAAACCAGUUCAAACGCUACUGCCCCAUUGUGUGUGAAACUGAUUUUUUAAAAUCAGUUUUAAUCUUGAAAAUGAACGUUCUCCUGCAUAGUUGGUCACCAUCAUGCACAUGAACACUCUGACUGCAAACUGAGGUGGUUGGUCUUCCUAAAUGUUUUAAUAAAGACAGUUUGAAGGUUCUGAAAAAAUAUCCUGGAAUAAUAUAUUGCAAAUUGGUAUGAUUAUUGGGCACCUAGGCUCAUGGAGCUUGGACAUUUGCUAUCCUUUAUCCUUCUAUCCAAAAAAAAAAACAACCAACUAACCAAAGGUAUACAAGACAACGUUUCAGUCCAUUGACAGGAGUUUUCGGGACUGAAAUGUUAACUUGUAUACUACUACAACCUGCACAAUGAAGCAGAAGUGUUUAAAGAUACUUGCAGAGUCCUCUGAAUGUGUCCUAUCAAAGUUUAUAUAUUUUCAUAUUUUGCGUGGCACGGGGCAUCAAGACAAGAGAGACAUCAAAUACAAAUCCAUAUACAUUAAAACCAUAUAUAUAAUGAUGUAAUCAGAAAAGAUAAUACUGUUCUGUAAUUAUAUUACAGACUUCCUCGUGUUUUGAGGACCCACUGAAAACAUGAGGAAGUCAUGUUUAUAAGACACACUCUAAUAGAAAUUUAGAAGAAAAAUAAAGCAACCAGUAAUUACAGCAAACUUCAGCUUAUGUGCAUAGGGGAUGUAGUGAGUGUGUGUAUAGGGACUGUAGUGUGUGCAUAGGAGAUGUAGUGAGUGUGUGUAUAGGGACUGUAGUGUGUGUUUGUAGUAUAUGUAAUAUAUAUAUUUAGGGAAUGUAGUGUAUGUGUGUGAGUGUAUAUACACGGAAGGAAGCACUGGCAUGGUGAGAGAGAGAUUUGAUAUCCCCACCAGGCUUGCUGGCCUCUGUAUAUGUAUAGUAAUAUACUUUGAAUAUAAGACAUAUAUCAUAUUAUAUUUGACAUAAUAUAUGUAAUAUAUAGGAAUAUAUCAUAUUUUUCAGAUUGCAAGAUUACUUUCCAAAAUAUAUAUUAGUAUUAGAACCUGGGCAGAUGCUAAGUCAAUCAGUAAGAAAAAAUAUUAAAAUAUUAAAUGUUAAUUAAUGUUAAAUUAAAAAUAUAAAAAUAACUUACUUAACCAAUAGUUACUUAUACAGCAUUCACUAUCUAAUUUAAAAAAAAAUUAAAGAAAUUGCGGUCCUAAAGUGGAAAUUAUAACAAAAAAAUUACAUUUACAAAUAUCACAUUUGCCUUAUUUGAGGUAAACUUAUUUUUUACAUAGUCUGAUACUAUAUGAUUUUAAUUCUCAGUCAUAUCUGAAUCAAUAAAUAUGCUUAACCCCGGGAGUGUAAGGACAUUUUAUAUCAAUGGUAGUUGGUGGAGUUUUAAGAUGUUGGCAUAGGUUUUCUGGCUAAACUCCAGGCGAAACUCCACCCAUAGAAUUUGACUCCACACCUUAAUUCUGUAAUGAGCAUCUUAUUCUGUUAUGGUGAGAUCUAUCUGCUUUACGUUACUCAGCCUUUGAUGGUAGUCUGCAUACAAUACACAGAGAUGGGUAAAAAACAGAGAUACCCGGGGGGCGGAGCCUGACCGGGGAGCUGAACAGACGCACUAUCUGUGAGCUCCCGAGCCUAGACCCGAUACUCGACGACAAUCACGGGAAAGCCUCACAAUCCUGAUCCACAACUUACUUCAUCGUGUAAUACCAAAGCUGGGGAUCCCGAAGAUACCACACACACCCGGUUUGCCUGCUGAAUUGCCGGGUCGGAGGCUUGGGGCCUACACCAUGCAAAGCAGGGGAGAGGCGGCCGCUCUCCCAGCUCACCAAAGCAUGUGGCACCCGAAGCAUCGGGCGUACCCUCCCCCCCUUGGACCGGUGGGGGUUAUCCCGGUCCCAAUCGUCCAAACCAGUCUGCCUAGAGGGUCGGUAAACGACAAGACAGGCCUAAAACUAGCAAUAAAGCAGCAAACCACUCGCUGCCCUAAGAUGGCGGACACGCAGCCCAACAAAGACCUCGCAGCACCAGAACCCAAACACAGCAUCUGCGAAUCCCUAGACACCCACCUGGAAAAGCUGUUUGCAAACUUCUGGGCUAAAGUGGAGGCUCGACAUGCUGCCGCACAAGCACAGGUGCAGGCGAGUGAGAGCUCAACCUGGAACAUGGAAAGGGUCAACCACGGAGGUCCUGGGAAGUCCUCGGGCAUAAAACGCACUGCACAGAUCGCAUCUCCCCACACAAGCCCAUCCGGGCUGAGGGCCCCGAGGGGCAAAGCCCCGCUGCAUCCCCCGCAUAGGUGGAGGCCUGCACGCCACAGGCGGCGAAACACCACCACAGCCUCCAGACCUACCUUUUCAGGGAAGGACCCGGCCUAUAUACGUCCCCGAGUCCGCGGUGAAAUGAUGCUGGCCCCACAACAAGCCUGGAGCAGGAGGGCAAUACCAGCAUGCCUCUGGCGGUUCACUGACACUGGCGACCACCGUUCUAAGCAGGCAGACAAAGCCUCCAGAUCGGGCAUUGGCUGAUACAAAACGGACUGACUCACGUAAAAGCGCAUAUGUUUUAUUUUAACUUGUUUUAUUUUAUUUUAGGCUUGUUGCCACCUAUGCUACCUAUCUCUUAAAUGCUAUAACUAGUAGCUAACUAGCAAGCUAACGUAUUGACAGUAACACUCGAGUCUUAAAAACAAAAAAUGUGCUGAUACCGCAUGCCACAGAAUGUUUAAAAUGUGUACUUCUUUUUGCCUGUGCUUAAUUGGUCUGCCAUGUUUAAACUCUAUAAUGCAUCUCUGUACGCUGUAUCACGUUACUCAUCUGAUUACUCAUGCAUAUCCAACCUAAACCGUUGCCCCCUGAUGCAUUGGUACCAUUCUUGUCAUACUACCCACCAUGUUAUUUUACUGUUGGGGUACCCUGCAAUACUACCUUAUGUUAUUAAACCCAAUUAGCUCUAACAUACUUCCAGCUAUAGAUUCAAAAAAUACAUAAAAUGUGCAAUGUAUGAGACGCCAAACCAUUGUUAUUGAUUGUUUGUUAUUAGGCUAGCACUAGCUGUUGUGGCUGUGCGAAUUUUGUCUGUUAUCUAAUGCACGACCAAAAUAAAGAAUUAAAAAAAAAAACAAAAAAAAAAAACACAGAGAUACCCAUAAAAUAUAUAAAGCCUAGUACAGUACAAAGAUUCAGACCACUCAAGAAGUACUAGCAGCUCACGUAGGGCAGAAUGGAAGACCCAACACAAUACUAAAAGCAUCCUCAAAGGUCCUGAGAAAACAGUAUCUUUCCCAAAAACACACAUUGUCCAAAUUUAUUUUAAAACCAGAACAUAUUUCCCUUCUCAAUAAAGGUCUCUCUUUUGUCCCCACCCCAGGAGCCAAUACAUUUGAAUGGGUUAAAGAAACCAAUCUAUUUGGUCGAAAGUUAGUUUUAAAUGUCUUACACAAAAGAAAGGAACAGAAACUAUCAAAAAAACUGGGUGUCCUCCCAGAGGACUUUAAAUAUCCUAAAACCAUGAUUUCACUUUUAGAAGAACAAAAAUGUGACCAACCAUUAACAACUGUAAAAUCACAAAGCUGGUUUACACUAAGUUUCAAGGAGGUCUCUAAUGUGUACCUCUUUGUAAAGACAAUGGACAAUAUUGAGAAGUUACCUCCACCAAAGAUUCCUAAAGACAAUUUGACCUCAAGCAAAUGUAGAGCCUUACCAGAGUUAAGUCAGAACAAAGCUCUGAUAAUUAAACCCUUGGACAAGGAAGGCAGCACAGGUGUCCAUGCAGCCUACCCCGGACCCUCUGGGAUGUAAAAAUGAGAAAACGGCGAACAUAAACCUAAACACCCAGGAACCGGCAAAAGGAGGAGGGAGGGAAACACAACCGGGAAGGGUUGUUACAUAACCUCUAACAUAACCGAACUGUAGCAAUAAAUCUUCUUCUACAUGGCUAUCAAAUACCAAGGGAAUCUUCAAGAGUGGAAACUGUGAGGCCUGCAAUUUCAUUCAAACGUGUUCAUACGUGUUGUUUAUAGCAUCACAUGCAGCUGUUGACAUUGUACAUUGAAGAAAUGUACCAGCAGCUCAGGAGAAGAAUUUUACAGAACAUUAAUUCAGUAAAAAUCCCAACAUUUCAAACCCGGUGGCAAACCACGUUCGAGUAUUUCACGGAAGGGACCCAUCACAUUUUUCCUUUCAGGCGUUGGAACAAAUCACCCUGAACUCGAGAGAAGGUACCUUUAAUCUAAAACUUCUAUAGAAGGAUUCUAUGUGGAUAUAUGAAUUCCAAACCCUGUCACCCCGAGGACCAAAUGUGGAAUUCAAUUUCAUUCCUUUCAUUCAUCACUUAACGCCAUUUUAUGUCUCUCUAAUAAAAUUCUCCUAUACUCGUGUAGUCAUUCCUUCUUAAAUUCAGCAUAUUUUACCAUUAGUAUCAUUUCCAUUAUAUCUUUUUUAAUGUUUUUUUAAUUUUUUUAUUAUUUUACAUCUUUUUUUAAUAGUUUUCUGACUUAUCAUUUUUAUUAUCUUUCAAUUUCUUUGCACUCAUAUCUUCUCCUCAGAAAAGAUUCAUAUUUGGUUAGAUCUGUACACCACAAACACUAUUGCUUAAAAACCCUCUUUCAGAAUCAUAAUAGUGACUAAUCUUCUCUUGAAACAUAUUCCAUUCUAAUUGAAUUUUGAUAAUCGAGAUAGCAAUGCGAGAUAUGUAUACCAAUAUUCAUAACUGCAUCACAGAAUAUAGAAUUUAACAAUGCCUGAUAAUAUACCAUUAAUAUUACAUUGUAACCCACCAACUCUCCUAAAUUCUCAACAAUGAGAUAGACUGACUUAAAGAGCAAAAGCACAACAGAAGCAAGUCUCCAAUAAGUAUCAACUUACUCAUACACAGCAUAAGCUGAUUAUAUAUAUAUAUAUAUAUAUAUAUAUAUAUAUAUAUAUAUAUAUAUAUACAGGGAGUGCAGAAUUAUUAGGCAAAUGAGUAUUUUGACCACAUCAUCCUCUUUAUGCAUGUUGUCUUACUCCAAGCUGUAUAGGCUCGAAAGCCUACUACCAAUUAAGCAUAUUAGGUGAUGUGCAUCUCUGUAAUGAGAAGGGGUGUGGUCUAAUGACAUCAACACCCUAUAUCAGGUGUGCAUAAUUAUUAGGCAACUUCCUUUCCUUUGGCAAAAUGGGUCAAAAGAAGGACUUGACAGGCUCAGAAAAGUCAAAAAUAGUGAGAUAUCUUGCAGAGGGAUGCAGCACUCUUAAAAUUGCAAAGCUUCUGAAGCGUGAUCAUCGAACAAUCAAGCGUUUCAUUCAAAAUAGUCAACAGGGUCGCAAGAAGCGUGUGGAAAAACCAAGGCGCAAAAUAACUGCCCAUGAACUGAGAAAAGUCAAGCGUGCAGCUGCCACGAUGCCACUUGCCACCAGUUUGGCCAUAUUUCAGAGCUGCAACAUCACUGGAGUGCCCAAAAGCACAAGGUGUGCAAUACUCAGAGACAUGGCCAAGGUAAGAAAGGCUGAAAGACGACCACCACUGAACAAGACACACAAGCUGAAACGUCAAGACUGGGACAAGAAAUAUCUCAAGACUGAUUUUUCUAAGGUUUUAUGGACUGAUGAAAUGAGAGUGAGUCUUGAUGGGCCAGAUGGAUGGGCCCAUGGCUGGAUUGGUAAAGGGCAGAGAGCUCCAGUCCGACUCAGACGCCAGCAAGGUGGAGGUGGAGUACUGGUUUGGGCUGGUAUCAUCAAAGAUGAGCUUGUGGGCCUUUUCGGGUUGAGGAUGGAGUCAAGCUCAACUCCCAGUCCUACUGCCAGUUCCUGAAGACACCUUCUUCAAGCAGUGGUACAGGAAGAAGUCUGCAUCCUUCAAGAAAAACAUGAUUUUCAUGCAGGACAAUGCUCCAUCACACGCGUCCAAGUACUCCACAGCGUGGCUGGCAAGAAAGGUAUAAAAGAAGAAAAUCUAAUGACAUGGCCUCUUUGUUCACCUGAUCUGAACCCCAUUGAGAACCUGUGGUCCAUCAUCAAAUGUGAGAUUUACAAGGAGGGAAAAACAGUACACCUCUCUGAACAGUGUCUGGGAGGCUGUGGUUGCUGCUGCACGCAAUGUUGAUGGUGAACAGAUCAAAACACUGACAGAAUCCAUGGAUGGCAGGCUUUUGAGUGUCAUUGCAAAGAAAGGUGGCUAUAUUGGUCACUGAUUUGUUUUUGUUUUGUUUUUGAACGUCAGAAAUGUAUAUUUGUGAAUGUUGAGAUGUUAUAUUGGUUUCACUGGUAAUAAUAAAUAAUUGAAAUGGGUAUAUAUUUGUUUUUUGUUAAGUUGCCUAAUAAUUAUGCACAGUAAUAGUCACCUGCACACACAGAUAUCCCCUAACAUAGCUAUAACUAAAAACAAACUAAAAAACUACUUCCAAAAAUAUUCAGCUUUGAUAUUAAUGAGUUUUUUGGGUUCAUUGAGAACAUGGUUGUUGUUCAAUAAUAAAAUUAAUCCUCAAAAAUACAACUUGCCUAAUAAUUCUGCACUCCCUGUAUAUAUAUAUAUAUAUAUAUAUAUAUAUACACACAGUAGAAAUGGAGGUAGGAGCUCUGAGUGCUCCCUAAUAAUCACACAGCUGGUUAAUACACCAUCUCCCCAUAGUCUACGAUCGAUUGGGCGAUUCCUCCCAUCAGGUGACCUCUUACAUUUAAGUUGGGCACAUAUAAGUGGCAGACAAAUAUAUCUAUAUAUGUAAUUGCAUUUAGGCGACGUUUCCCGUUGUGAUUCCGUAAGGAGAUUCCCCUUUUGAUUCUGUAAUAGAGCGAGAUUUUGUACAUAGGAAUUUCCAUUUAUUUCGAUUUAUUAUUGUUUUCUAUUUGAGUUCUUAUUUAUUCAUUUAACUUGUUUAACAUUUUUAUUUUAAUACAUUUAUAACAAUCUCCAAGAGAGCUAACCCGUUCUAUAAACUGAACGCCAUAAUAAGUAACAAACAAACAAGACGGGAAAUGUAGAAUUCCCUCUAAGGCAAACCUUCAAAAACAGAAGUCUAAUCAGUUUUAUACGUACAAAACAGAAUACUAUAUGGGAUCUGGUCUGCCUAGUGCAAUACACAGAGGUGAGGGAGUCCGACUUGAAAUGAAUUUGCUCAACUGUACUGAGACAGGGAUACACCCAAACCUGUCUGAAAAUAUAAAGAACGGUGAUACCUAUAAGGCAGUGUGUUCAGGAGCUAAUUCACUUAAAAAUGGCUUAUUCGGUAAGAUUGGAUGUAAUAAUUGUAUCAAAAUCUGGAACAAUUGAUGAUGAUUCGAAUAAGAUGUAUGGUGUGUAUACCUUUAAAUCUGCUAAAGGCAGAUUCUGCGUGUUACACACCAACUGAUCUGCUUAUUAAAAAGCCACUAUUUAUUACAGAAUAACAACAUAAAAAAUAGUCAUCUGUUUAAUGUAGUUAUACACACAUUUAUAUAAAAAAUAGUAGUGUGUUAGGCUUAAAAUUGUCUGAUAGCAGACUAAAUAGUGCAAAAACAGUGCUUCACUUACAGUAGAGAGAUACACAAAAUACUGAAUCUCUAUAUAUUGUAAUAAGAUCACUUGAAAUGUGGAUGAAUGAGUGCAGGUUCCAAAAAAAACACUGUUUGGAAGAUAAAAAUGUUUUUAAAAUAAUGUCAACAUUUUAUUUAUAGUAUAUUCAAUAAAAACAUGAUUAAAAGAAUAAUGAAAUAAAAAAAAUACAAAAAUAAGAGCCAGGAACGAUUAACAAGUCAUUUGCCAGUAGAAAUAUAGUUCAUGUAACGUGAUAUCCACUGAAACUAUUCAGGAUUACAGUGGAUACUUUGUAUCAAAACUGAAUUGCUGUACUUGCCGGCUCACCGUGAGGUUGGCGUGCGUCCCAAACCUCUCUUUGAAUAUCAGAUGCUGGCAGUCCGUCGGUCCCCAGAUCGUAGGUGCUAGUCUGCACGGGGAGAGUGUCCUUCUGCUGCUGGCUGACUGUGUUCGUAUCCAGACUGACAGCGAGCUGAACUAUAUUUCUACUGGCAAAUGACUUGUUAAUCGUUCCUGGCUCUUAUUUUUGUAUUUUUUUAAUUUCAUUAUUCUUUUAAUCAUGUUUUUAUUGAAUAUACUAUAAAUAAAAUGUUGACAUUAUUUUUAAAACAUUUUUAUCUUCCAAACAGUGUUUUUUUGGAACCUGCACUCAUUAAUCCACAUUUCAAGCGAUCUUAUUACAAUAUAUAGAGAUUCAGUAUUUUGUGUAUCUCUCUACUGUAAGUGAAGCACUGUUUUUGCACUAUUUAGUCUGCUAUCAGACAAUUUUAAGCCUAACACACUACUAUUUUUUAUAUAAAUGUGUGUAUAACUACAUUAAACAGAUGACUAUUUUUUAUGUUGUUGUUCUGUAAUAAAUAGUGGCUUUUUAAUAAGCAGAUCAGUUGGCGUGUAACACGCAGAAUCUGCCUUUAGCAGAUUUAAAGGUAUACACACCAUACAUCUUAUUCGAAUCAUCAUCAAUUGUUCCAGAUUUUGAUACAAUUAUUACAUCCAAUCUUACCGAAUGAGCCAUUUUUAAGUGAAUUAGGUCCAAAACAGAAUUCUAGUUCACUCGAUUAGAUUUGUUCCAUACCAAGGCACAUAAUGCAACAAGGUCAAAUUUACAAUUAGUUCGCAAGCUUCCCAACUUCAUCUAACAUAUAAUUUUAUCAAUAUCUAUUAGUGGAGAUGAUAACUACUGUAAGAGUUAAUAACCACCGUCUCUUAAUACCAUUGAGAAUGGAAUUGGACCACUCUCACUGGGAAAUUCAAAUUAUACCAAUCAGAAAAGGGAUUCCCCCCAUUUUAUACCGGUUACUUACAUGUGGCCGGUUCUCCCUCUGAUGAUCCUUGCCGUCAAAUGUGCCUGUCAGGGGAUCUGAGUGCUCCCUCUAAACCACAAAUUUGCAUAACAUACUGUUAUUUAGCAGUAUGUUUCUUGAUAGAGACCUCCUUUGAUCUUAAAAAUAUUUCAAUUCCUAGCGAGGCUGUGGCAGUUAUAGGGGUUUGUUUAGUCAUAAUAAACUUUCAAGCUAUAGAGACAGAUGCCCUCGAAUGCAUGGUGAGAGGCAGGGAAGUCAGUACAACUUUUUUUAUAACAAUUCUCAAAUCAGAAUCACCUUACUAGCCACACGCUAUAACUGGGAUAUUGUACAUUGUUACAUACUAACAACACAUACCAGGUAACAAUAAGCUUAAACCUGUUACUGAACACUAGCAAAGUAAACGAAAUUCUGAGAUGGGGCAUGACUUAAUUUAUUCUAGCAUUAUCACAACAUCAAUAUCAUAAGCAAUUGCAUGUAUACAUAGUCAUUGAACAGCAAUACUCCCCGUUCUAAUUUUGAGGGUUGCCUUUUUUUGUUUAGAUCUACCCUGCUGACAUUUAGUUUUCAUCUACUGUACCACAAAUCAGACUCAGGUGACAGUAUGUACUAGCAGUAAGGUGCAUUAAGCAUUUUGUUCUCAUUUUCCAUUUUGUUUGGGUUUUUGAAUUCACCAUUUAGGUGAUAUUCUACUUGCAUUUGUAUCUACAACCCCCUUCUUUUUUCCUUAUUUUCUAUGUACAUACAUACACGGUCUGCACAAUUGUGAAACCAUUGCCCUUAUUUGUUUUUUGAAACGACAUGUGGUUGUAGAAAUUUUAUUGAUCUAAGAAAUAAAAAUGAGGUUUUAAAAAUGAUCCAUUUUGCAACUUUCCCAUUAACUUUGGUCAAAUACUCCAGUCCUUGUUUUUGUUAUACAAGACUAGCUACCCCCUCCACAAAAAAAAAAGGUCAUCUUUGUGUAGCUCUUUCUCCCCCAACUCAUUUGUGUGUCUUUUCCCCCCUCCCACCCCCAGCACUCUGUGUGCCACUCCUCUGUGUCUGCCCUUGUGCUUUCCCCCUGUGCCAGCUCACUUAAAGGACCACUCUAGGCACCCAGACCGGUUACUUACAUGUGGCCGGUUCUCCCUCUGAGCUUAAUAAAGUGGCUUAAUAAAGUGGUCUGGGUGCCAGGUCCCUCUAGGAUUAACCCUUUUUUUUUAUAAACAUAGCAGUUUCAGAGAAACUGAUAUGUUUAUAAAUGGGUUAAUCCAGCCCUCAAAUCCUCUAGUGGCUAUCUCACUGACAGCCGCUAGAGGCGCUUGCGUGAUUCUCACUGUGAAAAUCACAGUGAGAACACGCAAGCGUCCAUAGGAAAGCAUUGUAAAUGCUUUCCUAUGAGACCGGUUGAAUGCGCGCGCAGCUCUUGCGCAUUCAGCCGAAAGGGAGGAGAGGAGGAGUCCAUAGUCUAAAGGGAGCAGGCGGGCAACCAGACUCCUCCAAUGCAAUGUGGCGAGAUUGCUCUCGUCACACCUGGGUUGUCUAAAAUAUGUACAUGUGGGGUGUUUUCCAGAGAUUUAUGACAAAUAAUAGUGUUACAAUGUCACUAUUGAUAAAUUUUUAAAAUGUAUGUUUUGAAACCACAAUAUCCUACUUGUACUUAUAGCCCUAUAACUUGCAAAUAAAAGCAAAGCAUGUAAACGCUGGGUAUUUUUAAACUCAGGACAAAAUUUUAUAUCAAUUUAGCAGUUUUUUUCAUUAGCUUUUGUAGAUGAGUAAAAGAUAGGCGGAGAGCUCCCCGUCCGGCGCUGGAAAAAAGGUAAGUUUUAACCCUUUCCUCUCAGCAGAGCUGGGCGGGAGGGGGACCCUGAGGGUGGGGGCACCCUCAGGGCACUAUAGUGCCAGGAAAACGAGUAUGUUUUCCUGGCACUAUAGUGGUCCUUUAAUUCCUCCAUGCAGAGUGGCCAAGAGAUAUACCAUGAAAGAAGUUCCUGUAACUUCUACCCAAUCUAUAAGGAAGCUGUUCUGAGCCCUCAGUGAGCACGAGGUAGGAGAUAGAGAAGUUCCUCUACCAUGGUACGUGGCUCAGUCAUGCUACAUACAGAGACUGUCAGGAGGGGAGCUCUGUGCUGUGCGCUCCCCUCCUGCUUGUCGUCUGGGCAUUGCACCUCCCGGGCCAGUGUGCCCUAGGUGGCUGCCUAACCCACUAAGCAGUCGGGCCUGCCCUGCAUACAAUAGGCAUAGCUGAGUACAAUACAAAUAUACCAUACACAAAGCUGGACACAAUUUAGAUGUACUAUACUAUUACACAAAGCCAGGAUCAUUGUAAUGGAUAGACAUGCAGAUUCACUUUGGUCCAAAUUUGGCCCAUUUGGGUGUUAGGUCUAACUCAGACAAAAUGUACCUGAAUCAUGAACUAACUCAAACGUGCUAUGGCCGAGCAUUUUUGUUUCAGUUUGUGAUUCUGGAUUCUGCCCGUGGCACUAAAAACAUAGCUAUAUGAUACAAAAAAAAGAGGAUUAACCCCUUAAGGACCGGACUGUUUUUGCGAUGUUGUACAUUUGCGACAAGGCCUCUUUUUACACUUUUGUGGUGUUUGUGUUUAGCUGUAUUUUUCUGUAAUUUUCUGCUCUUGUUUUUUUCAGGACAAAAAGGGCAUUCUUUACAUACCAUUAUUUAUAUAAUCUCAUGUAAUUUAAUUUAAAAAAAAUAAAAAAUAUGAUGCAAAAUUGAAAAAAAUACAUGUUUUUUUACUUUUACUUGAAAUAUCUUUUACUCAUCUACAAAAGCUAAUGAAAAAAACUGCUAAAUUGAUUCAAAAUUUUGUCCUGAGUUUAAAAAUACCCAGCGUUUACAUGCUUUGCUUUUAUUUGCAAGUUAUAGGGCUAUAAGUACAAGUAGGAUAUUGCGGUUUCAAAACAUACAUUUUAAAAAUUUAUCAAUAGUGACAUUGUAACACUAUUAUUUGUCAUAAAUCUCUGGAAAACACCCCACAUGUACAUAUUUUAGACAACCCAGGUGUGACGAGAGCAAUCUCGCCACAUUGCAUUGGAGGAGUCUGGUUGCCCGCCUGCUCCCUUUAGACUAUGGACCGGACUUUUAAAAUACUUUAUUUUCCCUGCAGAAAGGCUUAUUCAUGCCUUUCUGCCAGGGUGUUCGGUAUAUUUUAUCUACCAAACAAAAUACCGAAGGCGCGACCACUGGGAAGCUGGCGUGUGCCUUCAAUUCACCUCCCUGAAGCUAGCAUGUGCUGUCAAUUGACCACCCAGUAGCUGCUGUUAACCGCAGCAUAAUUGACUGUUACUGGGUGGUCGCAGUUGCACGGUGUUAUGGAGCUUCCUGGAUGGCCAGCGGUGCUCAGCCCGGAAUCAGUGCUCUAAAAGCGGACACUUUUACGUGCAGGCCCCGCUGAGCCUCAAGCCUUCCCUGCUUCUAUUCGUGGCUGUUUAGCCAAACGCUGAAUUGAUCAGGACUCUACUUCAGUGAAUGUUUUAACCCAGAUAGCUAUGCCAUGGAGCCUAUUCGUGUAAUUAAAGACUUUGGCUCCAUGGCAAUUGAACUGUGUGAAAUAGGAUCUGAGCGCUAUUCGGUCGUUAUGUGCGCUCAGAUCCCAGCUAUCUGGGGAUAUGUGACAUGUCUGUAUUUUAUGUAUAAAAUGUAACUUUGUAUAUUUUAAAGUAUUUUACUGUAUUUGUGUCCCCACGUGUAUAAUGGAGUUUUCCUCUGUCCUGGGAGAUAAUUGGAUUACUAUCUCCAGGAUAGAGGGAGGGAAAUUAGGAUGCAUUGUGGGAAUGUUUUACUUCUGUCUGUUUAACAGUUUCCCAUCUGGUCCCCUAGGGGAGUGUCCACCAGGUGGGAGACCUGCAUAAAUACUGGGCAGGUAGCCCUCAAUAAAGCAGACCACGGCUUGACCCUCAAAACGGAGCUCUGUCUUAUCUUUGGGGGGAUUUACUGCAUGCUGUUAGAGACUGAUUGCCAACACCCCAAUAUGUGUUCAGCAACAUCUCCUGAGUACAGUGAUACCACCCAUGCAUAGGCUUGUCGGAUUGUUUGGGGGCUAAAAGGCCACAUUUGGCAGGUGCGCAUAUCCAUUUUUCAACUUGGAAUUUUGACAUGUAGUCAACCUGCGCACAUGUCCUAUUUGGGACAUUUGUAAGGCCGGCCAAUGUAUUUUACCCCCACCAAACCAUAUAUUUUUGGAAAGUAGACACCCUAGGGUAUUUCAAAUGGUGGUUUUUUAACACUUUCCAUGCACUAAUUCUACCACCAGACUUUGUCAAACAUUUAGGUAGUCAUUUUUUGUGUGUUUUUUUUCACACACAUUGUACUUUAGGCAUGAAUUAACAGAUCGUGUUAUGUGUCACUGCCAAACAACACCCCAAUAUGUGUUCAGCAACAUCUCCUGAGUACAGUGAUAUCACCCAUGCAUAGGCCUGUCGGGUUGUUUGAGGGCUAAAAGGCAAUGAUCGAGACUUGUACAUAUCAGUUUUUCAACUUGAUAUAUAGGUAUGCUUGGCCUAUCUUCAGUUUGGCAUAUUUUUGCAUCCCCCUAUUAAUGUUAAUAUCAUGAAAGUUUAUAUUUUUAUAAAGUAGACAUUCCAGGGUAUUGUAUAUGGGGUGUUUUCACAUCCUUCCCCCAACCAUUGUGUUAAACAAAUUUCAGACUACGUGCAUGGUGGUAAUUUUUUAAUUCUGCUUUUUAUGCACACGUCAUCUGGUUUUGGCCAGCCAGUUAUAUGUUACUGCCAUAAAACUUUUUUAACCAAAUGUGCAGGUAUCAAACGCACCUUUAGCAGCAUUCUCUAAACUAACUCCUGCAAAAAGAAUCUAACUGGAAAUUUGGGGGAAGGAAACUGACUAACUAAAAUUUGCUGCUUUCAAAAGAAAAAAAACAGCGCAAAGGGGUGUCUGUUCUUUUCCCUUUUUUAAACAUAGAAACAUAGAAACAUAGAAUGUGACGGCAGAUAAGAAACAUUCGGCCCAUCUAGUCUGCCCAAUUUUCUAAAUACUUUCAUUAGUCCCUAGUCUUAUCUUAUAGUUAGGAUAGCCUUAUGCCUAUCCCACGCAUGCAUAAACUCCUUUACUGUGUUAACCUCUACCACUUCAGCUGGAAGGCUAUUCCAUACAUCCACUACCCUCUCAGUAAAGUAAUACUUCCUGAUAUUAUUUUUAAACCUUUGUCCCUCUAAUUUAAGACUAUGUCCUCUUGUUGUGGUAGUUUUCUUCUUUUAAAUAUAGUCUCCUCCUUUACUGUGUUGAUUCCCUUUAUAUAUUUAAAUGUUUCUAUCAUAUCCCCCCUGUCUCGUCUUUCCUCCAAGCUAUACAUGUUAAGAUCCUUUAACCUUUUCCUUCUCCCUAUACAACCAAGCAUUCUGCUAGCAUGUCCUGCUGCUCUAUUACAUUGUCUGCCUACCUUUAAGUCAUCAGAAAUAAUCACCCCUAAAUCCCUUUCCUCAUAUGUUGAGGUUAGGACUCUAUCAAAUAUUCUGUACUCUGCCUUUGGGUUUUUACAUCCAAGAUGCAUUAUCUUGCACUUAUCCACAUUAAAUGUCAGUUGCCACAAUUCUGACCAUUUUUCUAGUUUACCUAAAUCAUUUGCCAUUUGGCUUAUCCCUCCUGGAACAUCAACCCUGUUACAUAUCUUAGUAUCAUCAGCAAAAAGACAUACCUUACCAUCAAGACCUUCUGCCAUAUCACUAAUAAAAAUAUUAAAGAGAAUGGGUCCAAAUACAGAUCCCUGAGGUACCCCACUGGUGACAAGUCCAAGCUCCGAAUAUAUUCCAUUAACUACAACCCUCUGUUGCCUGUCACCCAGCCACUGUCUUACCCAUUCAACAAUAUUGGAAUUCAAACUUAAAGGUUGCAGUUUAUUGAUAAGCCUUUUAUAACAGACCCGGCAACAUUUCAGGGGAUUUGUUUUUUUUGCAGUUGGUGGUAUCUUAAAAAUAAAAUGUCUGGACUCCUCUGGCACCGUUGUUGGAACUUGACCAUCUCCAUAAAUUAUUGUGGAAAUCAGCUUAAACUGAAAUUGGAGAAAAGUGGUUUUUUCUGGAUUCAUUUUUUUAAAGAGUAAAAAUGAAUUAUGUGUUGCUACUUGCAUCAGGUAGGCCUUUUUUACCAGGCUUUUGUCUUUCUUAAGAUAAGAUAUGGCUGCAUCAGCUGAUCAGCCAAAUCAACAUCCCCAUGUGCCUGUUAUAAGCCCUGAUGCAAACAGGUUUGGUCUGUACUCUAGAAAAAACGAUUAUAAAUAGGAUGGCGCAAGUGAGAGAAGGAUCUUAGUACAUGCAGCAACCAACAAAAACAAAUCCUGGUAAAACGAUUUGAACAUAAAAUAACUUACAGUAGUGAUGGUGCGCAACAGAGAAAUAAAAAUCGUAUUCACUAUGGACCUCUUAUAGAGAGUGAAAGUAGCCCUGUGUACAUAAAAUGAGGUGUUUACAGAGUGGAAAUAUUAUAAAUACUUUAAAACCAAACAGUGGUUGUGGUAAAACAAAACACAAUCUGUAGGUAUACUUGCAAACAUGGAAAUCACUCUGACACCUAUUAAGGAGACAAAAACAGAAAGAGAGCUCCUAGUGCAGCGUAGUAAUUCGCUUAUAAAUAAAAUAAAGCAAACAGAGGUGCCCUUUAGGUGUUACACUCACAAGAUUGGAUUGGUAAAAGCACCACUCGUUGCUAUAGCACUCAGGGAGGAUCAGCCCCUAGAGUGCGUGGGAUCCGUGGAAAGGAAGCUUGCAAUCCGGAUCUCAGGUAAGUAUACUUUAUUAAUAACAAUUAAAAAAACAGCAAAAUUGUUGUGGAGUUAGUUAGUCCGCUCACCAGCCUCAGGAAACCGCAAAGAAAGUUCCAUAUACUUAUGUAAUGUAAAAAAAUCUUCCGGCUGCUAUCCUGGUUGCUGUUGCCGACUGUCUCCAAAUCACUUCCUGGUUCCGGGUCCGUGCUGGUUGGUGAGCGGACUAACUAACUCCACAACAAGUUUUGCUGUUUUUUUAAUUGUUAUAUUAAUUAUUAAUUUUAUAUAUUUAUAAGUGAAUUACUAUGCUGCACUAGGAGCUCUUUUUCUGUUUUUGUCUCCUUAAUAGGUGUCAGAGUGAUUUCCAUGUUUGCAAGUAUACCUACAGAUUGUGUUUUGUUUUACCACAACCACUGUUUGGUUUUAAAGUAUUUAUAAUAUUUCCACUCUGUAAACACCUCAUUUUAUGUACACAGAGUUACUUUCACUCUCUAUAAGAGGUCCAUAGUGAAUACGAUUUUUAUUUCUCUGUUGCGCACCAUCACUACUGUAAGUUAUUUUUGGUCUGUACUCUGCCUCGGACAGUGAUGCUUGACAUGCUUUCGUCAUGGAUGGUGGUUAGUAUAUUAACAUCCUUCCUGUCCUUAAAUUGUAUUGCAAGCACUUUAGCUUUGCGCAGACCUUUACAUUCACUUUUUUUAAUUUGGCCUCUAUAAAAGGUCUGGGGAAAUCCUUGGCAUUUCUUGUCACAGUUCCACAGGCCAGUAUCUGCAAACCAUAAAGAGUUUGAAACAAACGGACAAUGCUACAAAAAUUUUCCACAUAAAGGUGGUAACCUUUAUUGAACAAGGGGAUCAGUAGGUCCCAUACAAGUUUCCCGCUUGUCCCCAGAGAGCCAGGACAGCCAGGAGGGUCCAGUUGACCAUCUUUCCCCUCAUAUACACGAAAGGUAAAUGUAUAGCCACUUUCACUCUCGCACAGUUUGUAGAAUUUUACGCCAUAACCUAGAGCGCUUUGAGGGGAUGUAUUGUUUGAAUCCUAAUCUCCCUUUAUAUUUCAUGAACGAUUCAUCAAUAGAUACAUUUUGUUGGUGAGUAUAAACUUCAGUAAAUUUGUGCUGAAGAUGGUCACCAGUGGGUGUAUUUUAUGAAGCCUAUCAUAUUGGGUGUGAUCUCUGAGGUGACAGAGGGUAUUGUCAUUGAAAUGUAAGUAUCUCAGCAGCAGCUCAUAUCUUGUUCUGUACAUGGUUUGGGAGUACAGUGGACUAGAACAGAUUGGGUUGGUGCUCCAGUAAGAGCAAAUUGAUGGCUUCUCUAUAAUCCCCAUGAGAAUUGGAAGAGCCCAGACAUUUUUAAGUUCAGCGACAUCUGUUGGAUGCCAAGCACGCUCCUCCCUGACUGCAUAGCUAUCUGGAUUGGUAUCAAUAAAUUGGGUAGCAUAUAAAUUAGUCUGGGGAGCAAUCUCCUCCCAGAUGGUAUCCCCUAAAAAUAGCUCCAUGUAUUGCAUAGGGGAGAAAUCAUCCACAUUGACAUUAAUGCCUGUGUUGGCACUAAAAGGGGGGGGUUUUGGGCUCAGCUAACUGUGGAGAAACCCGUUCCUCCUCCACAUUCUGCGUAGCAGACAAAGCACAGCUUCUUUUUGCAGCCUGCUCACACACAGAUGACAUGUCACUAGAUGUGUCAGAAAACUGACCUGGGUCAAAAUCGGACGCAGUGUCAGUGAAGUCAGAGUCUGGCUAACACAGAGUUACUAACACACACUUUUUUUAAAUUUUAUACUAAAAACAGACUAAAACUGAUAAAAAACAGACUAAGUGAGACUAAAACUUCCAUUAGCAGCAAUCUGUAAACUAACUCCUGCAAAAAGAAUCUAACUGGAGAUUUGGGGGAAGGAUACUGACUAACAGAAAUUUGCUGCUUUCAAAAUAAACAAAAAAAAUAAAUCAGGAACAAGUAUUAUAAAAAUUUAUUUUCUGUGUGGUAGACCUUAAAACAUGCUCCAAUACACAGUCCAGGGUUUGUAGGGCAAUCGUCUGGAAUGUCUGGAAAUGUCUGGACUCCUCUGGCACCGUUGUUGGAACUUGACCAUCUCCAUAAAUUAUUGUGGAAAUCAGCUUGAACUGAAAUUGGAGAAAGGUGUUUUUUUCUGGAUUCAUUUUUUUAAAGAGUAAAAAUGAAUUAUGUGUUGCUACUUGCAUCAGGUAGGCCUUUUUUUACCAGGCUUUUGUCUUUCUUAAGAUAAGAUAUGGCUGCAUCAGAUGAUCAGCCAAUUCAACACCCCCCCAUGUUCCUGUUAUAAGCCCUGACGCAAACAGGUUUUGUCUGUACCCUGCCUCGGACAGUGACGUAUAACAUGCCUUCGUUAUGGAUGGUUGUUAGCAUGUGAACAUCCUUCCUGUCCUUAAAUUUUAGCGCCAGCAGUUCAGCUUUGCGCAGAGCUUUGCAUUCACCUAUUUUUAAUUUGGCCUCUAUGAGAGGUCUGGGGAAAUCCUUGGCAUUUCUUCUUACAGUGCCGCAGGCCAGUGUCUGCAAACGAUAAAGAAUUUUAAACAAGUGGUGGUAACCCUUAUUGAACAAGGGGAUCAUUCGUCCCAAACAAGUUUUCCAUUUGUCCCCAGAGAGUCAGGACAGCCAGGAGGGUUCAGUUCAGCAUCUUUCCCCUCAUAUACACGAAAGGCAAAUGUGUAGCCACUUUCGCUCUCGCACAAUUUGUACACUUUAAUGCCAUACCUAGACCGCUUUGAGGGGAUAUACUGUUUGAACUCCCUUUAUAUUUCAUAAGGGAUUCAUCAAUAGAUACAUUUUGUUGGGGAGUAUAAAUUUCAGAAAUUUUAUGAAGCCUAUCUUAUUGGGGGUGAUCUCUGGGGUGACAGAGCAUAUUGUCGUUGAAAUGUAAGUAUCUCCGCAGCAGCUCAUACAGGGAGUGCAGAAUUAUUAGGCAAGUUGUAUUUUUGAGGAUUAAUUUUAUUAUUGAACAACAACCAUGUUCUCAAUGAACCCAAAAACUCAUUAAUAUCAAAGCUGAAUAUUUUUGGAAGUAGUUUUUAGUUUGUUUUUAGUUUUAGCUAUGUUAGGGGGAUAUUUGUGUGUGCAGGUGACUAUUACUGUGCAUAAUUAUUAGGCAACUUAACAAAAAACAAAUAUAUACCCAUUUCAAUUAUUUAUUAUUACCAGUGAAACCAAUAUAACAUCUCAACAUUCACAAAUAUACAUUUCUGACAUUCAAAACAAAACAAAAACAAAUCAGUGACCAAUAUAGCCACCUUUCUUUGCAAGGACACUCAAAAAGCCUGCCAUCCAUGGAUUCUGUCAGUGUUUUGAUCUGUUCACCUUCAACAUUGCGUGCAGCAGCAACCACAGCCUCCCAGACACUGUUCAGAGAGGUGUACUGUUUUCCCUCCUUGUAAAUCUCACAUUUGAUGAUGGACCACAGGUCUCAAUGGGGUUCAGAUCAGGUGAACAAGGAGGCCAUGUCAUUAGAUUUUCUUCUUUUAUACCCUUUCUUGCCAGCCACGCUGUGGAGUACUUGGACGCGUGUGAUGGAGCAUUGUCUUGCAUGAAAAUCAUGUUUUUUUUGAAGGAUGCAGACUUCUUCCUGUACCACUGCUUGAAGAAGGUGUCUUCCAGGAACUGGCAGUAGGACUGGGAGCUGAGCUUGACUCCAUCCUCAACCCGAAAAGGCCCCACAAGCUCAUCUUUGAUGAUACCAGCCCAAACCAGUACUCCACCUCCACCUUGCUGGCGCCUGAGUCGGACUGGAGCUCUCUGCCCUUUACCAAUCCAGCCACGGGCCCAUCCAUCUGGCCCAUCAAGACUCACUCUCAUUUUAUCAGUCCAUAAAACCUUAGAAAAAUCAGUCUUGAGAUAUUUCUUAGCCCAGUCUUGACGUUUCAGCUUGUGUGUCUUGUUCAGUGGUGGUCGUCUUUCAGCCUUUCUUACCUUGGCCAUGUCUCUGAGUAUUGCACACCUUGUGCUUUUGGGCACUCCAGUGAUGUUGCAGCUCUGAAAUAUGGCCAAACUGGUGGCAAGUGGUAUCGUGGCAGCUGCACGCUUGACUUUUCUCAGUUCAUGGGCAGUUAUUUUGCGCCUUGGUUUUUCCAAACGCUUCUUGCGACCCUGUUGACUAUUUUGAAUGAAACGCUUGAUUGUUCGAUGAUCACGCUUCAGAAGCUUUGCAAUUUUAAGAGUGCUGCAUCCCUCUGCAAGAUAUCUCACUAUUUUUGAUUUUUCUGAGCCUGUCAAGUCCUUCUUUUGACCCAUUUUGCCAAAGGAAAGGAAGUUGCCUAAUAAUUAUGCACACCUGAUAUAGGGUGUUGAUGUCAUUAGACCUCACCCCUUCUCAUUACAGAGAUGCACAUCACCUAAUAUGCUUAAUUGGUAGUAGGCUUUCGAGCCUAUACAGCUUGGAGUAAGACAACAUGCAUAAAGAGGAUGAUGUGGUCAAAAUACUCAUUUGCCUAAUAAUUCUGCACUCCCUGUAUAUUGGUCUAGGCAUUGUUUGGGAGUAUAUAGGAUUUGAACAAAUUGGGUUGGUGCUCCAGUAAGAGCGGAUUGAUGGCUUCUUUAUUAUCCCCAUGAGCACUGUAAGAGCCCAGAAUUUUUUAAGUUCAGGGACAUCUGUGGGAUGCCAAGCAUGCUCCCUGACUGUAUAGCUACCUGGAUUGGUCUCAGUAAAUUGGCUAGCGUAUAAAUUAGUCUGGGAAACAAUCUCCUCCCAGAUGGUAUCCCCUAAAAAUAACUCCAUAUAUUGUAUAGGGGAGAAGUCAACCACAUUCACAUUAAUGCCUGCAUUGGCACUAAAAGGGGGUAUGUUGGGCUCAGCUGACUGUGGAGGUACCCAGUCCUCCUCCACAUUCGGCGUAGCAGGGGAAGCACAGCUUCUUUUAGCAGCUGGCUCACACACAGAUGACAUGUCACUAGACGUGUCGCUAAACUGACCUGGGUCAAAAUCGGACGCAGUGUCAGUGGCGUCAGAGUCUGACACCAAGAAGGCAUAUGCCUCCUCCAAGCUGUACAUGCGCUACAUGUUUUACACUAACAGACUAAACUAACAAAAUACUAAACACAAAUUUUGUUUUUUAUAUUUUAUAUAUAUAUAUAUAUAUAUUUUAUUUUAUUUAUUUUUUAUUUAUUUUUAUUUUUUUACUAAAACAGACUAAAACAGUAAUCCCUGAACUAACUCCUGUUAAAAGAAUCUAAUGGAGAUUUGGGGGAAGGAAACUGACUGACUAAGACAGACUAAGACACAGAUUUUUAAAAUAAAGUUAACCCUUAAGGGCAAAAAUAAAAUACAGACAGUACAAAUGCACUGUCUGUAACAGAUCUGGCAGGGAAGGGGUUAAAAGGGAAUUUUUAUUCACUGCUGAUACUUUUUAAAAGUCUGUGGAACACCUGCUGCAACAAUAUAUCACAAUCUCUGUCUCUCUCACUUCACAAAACGAUACAGAGGAGAGAGAGGCAGAGAUCACUGUCAAAGUGAGUGUUUGUAACACCCACUUUGACACCAGCCAAUUGUGAGCGAUCACGGAUCACUCACACGCCACAAUUGGCUGUUACUAUCUGUCUGGGAUGCCAGGCAGAUAGUAACAGCGGGAUUUAGGCGGAAGUGAUCUCCGAUUGGCAACGCAAAAAUGCCGCGGACUGUCCUGAACCGUCCUCGGUCCCGAAGGGGUUAAUCUUUAUAUUGAUUUUUUUAUUCAUCAAGUGAGAAGUGAGAAUAGUCAUAAAAAGGUGGAGCAGUAAAAAAUAAAUACAUCUAUAUUUAAUAAAUAUAUAAUAUAUGAAUAUAUAAAAAUUUAUUUUACUGCUCCUUCUUUUACUUUUAUUGGUUGCUUUCGACAGUGUAAUACUCUUGUUAGUGUACUGCAACAUAUAUAUAUAGAGCUCCCCCGGGUCCUCCAUCCCUCCCCCCGGCGGCCGUGUCUCAGUGCUUGUGGGGAGAUAGUUUGUCUCUCCAUUGGCCCAUGAAGGCACACAGCAGGGCCGGCGCUAUGAUAGCGCUGACUCUGCAUGGGCCGGCAAGGGAGAUACACUGAUCCCCAGCGGACUGUGUGCAUGUAUUCAGCAGUCUGUCUGUCUGUCUGUAAGUACCCCAAAGACCACAUGGUGACAAACAAGAGUCUCUGGCAGUCUUCCCCAUUCUAUGCAAGCAUUGGAGUUGUGUACCAACAAAAAAAUAUUUUACACAUCUGUUCCUGCCCAGGACAAAUUUUUGUCACAGUCCCGUCCUGCUGUAAAUUCACCCCCUUUUUGCUGUAAGUCAAUGAUAACCUCUACUCCUGGCUCUGCUGCCCAAGAGGCAACUGAAUGCUCAAAACUGAUAAGAAAAUAUUAUGAAAGUUUCUGCUUAGGAGCUUCUGGCUCUCUAGCUAAAGUUGUUAUGGUAGGGAGUGGUGCUCUGCAGACACAAGGUAACAAGUCAACUCAUUAUAAUGGCUUAAUUACUUAAAGUGGGUGGGAUUGCCAGGCCACUCCUGGCCCAAAACCAACACCACAUGCUUUACUGGUUAUGCUGCUUGGAGUGUUUCUUUAAAUAACUCACAUCAUCCUACUCUUAAUCCUCCUACCCCACACUCAAUGUCGUUGUUAAAGGACCACUAUAGUGCCAGGAAAACAUACUCGUUUUCCUGGCACUAUAGUGCCCUGAGGGUGCCUCCACCCUCAGGGUCCCCCUCCCACCGGGCUGGAUGGCGAAGAAAGGGUUAAAACUUACCUUUUUUUCCAGCGCCGGGUGGGGAGCUCUCCUCCUCCUCUCCUCCCCUUCGGCUGAAUGCGCAUGCGCGGCAGGAGCUGCGCGCGCAUGCAGCCAGUCUCAUAGGAAAGCAUUUACAAUGCUUUCCUAUGGACGCUGGCGUCGUCUCACUGUGAUUUUCACAGUGAGAAUCACGCAAGCGCUUCUAGCGGCUGUCAAUGAGACAGCCACUAAAAGGCUUUAGAGGCUGGAUUAACCCAUUUAUAAACGUAGCAGUUUCUCUGAAACUGCUACGUUUAUAAAAAAAAAAGGUUUAACCCUAGCUGAACCUGGCACCCAGACCACUUCAUUAAGCUGAAGUGGUCUGGGUGCCUAGAGUGGUCCUUUAAUGUGACACAAUGUGUAUACUAGGACGUUCUAUCAACAUAUAAUACUCUCCUGACAAUCGCCCUCCAACUUCCCUCAUUAUGGUCUGAUGGAGCAUUCAGAAAAGAGAAAGCUCGGUCAGUUGUAAUUCUGACUAUGAGUUUACAUUGUCCCUCUCGUGUACCUUCCUUCUCUGUGUUUUGCUGCUGCUGCUGCUAAUAUGUGUUGGUAUGAUGUACAUCAGUUCUCUGUGGAAAUAUAGCAGAGGUACUGAGUUCCCAUUGUUUCCCAUUGCACUAGCACCCUGCUUCCAGCCAUUCAAUAAGAGCACUAUUUCUGGUUUUGCAGUCAGAUUUCAUCUCACAUUUUGAUGUCUAAGUUUCAUGCUCUUAUCAAAAAAUUUCUUCUCGAUGUGAACUCAUUUUGUAGUCAUAGUUGGGGUGCAUUUAACUGAUUGCUAAAGCCAUGGUGUUAUGACAGAAGUGUUUUUAUCCCUUGUGAAUUAGAACCUUUUUGGUUUUAUUUGGCUGGAAAUAAAGCUACGUGUUUUGGAAACCGUCCGGGAAACUGCUCCCCUUAUUAACACAUAGGUGCAUUACCUUAAUCUAGAUAAUGAGGAUCUGCCACACAGGAGUUUGUUUAUUCCUUUUUUUAUAUUUUCUCUUGUGUAAAGAUAAUUGACCCUAUGAAGUGUAUUCUUUCCCGAGGUACAUCGCAUAUAUUUCACAUAGUCAUUGCCGAUGCAAGAGUUGUUGCUGCAUAUAUAUAUAUUGCAGGAAUUAUCACACACUUAUUGUAUUAAUAACAGUCUAUUUAAAAAAACAAAUAAAAUCCUGUUAAAUUGCAUGGUUCAUAGUAAAAUACUUUAUAAAUAAAAAUGUAAUAUGUUGUCAUCACGUGGACUCACGCACUUUAACCAAAUCACCAAUAAUUUACAGAAAUGACUAAACUAAUAUGUAGAUAUUCCUAAUGCAGAUAAUGUAUAUGUCCAGGUAACAGGUGUCACCUAUCUUAUCACCUUUUGCAGUAGAGCAAGUCCCUUUGUGAGAGCUAAUGUACUGUCUGUUUGCAUCAUGCAGGAUCACAGAGACAGCAUAGCGUGACUGCAUUCAUUAUAAGUGAAAAUGUGUGAAAACUAAUCUAUUUUCUAAUUAGAGGCAGAGAGAGGAUGCAAGGGCUUAAAACACUGUACAGUAAUAGUGUAAUUGUGUUCUGCUCUAGAUCCUAUUAGCUUCUGCUUGGCAAGAGCUCCCACCUGUGUCCUCUUGCAUAACAGUGCCACCUACAGCCCUUCCUAUUGUACACAGCAUGCCAAGAUUAACAUCCCACUAUCUAAGAUUAUUCUUAGAAUUUAUGUAUCACCACCAUAUUACGCAGCAUUGUACAAUUAUAGAAUGGGAAUGUCUGACAGUAAGUAAAUCACAUACAAUAGAAUACUGACAGGGACAACAGGCGAAGAAGGCCAUGCUCAAACCAACUUACAUUUAAUUAGAUUGAGAAUAAACGGGAUGAACAGGGAAGAGUUAGAAACAAGCAGUGAGUGAAAAGUGGUGAUGGUGGGAAAUGCAUUAUUGAAUACCUAUCUAAAAGAGGACUUCUGUUGUUCUCCUACAUAGAAAAAAACAUUUAUUAUGCAGUAUGAAUUACUUUCUCAAUUGAGAAUAAGCUUACUCCAUUGGGGAGAGACAGAAGGGAAUAUAUUUCCAAUUUUAUUGCAUUCCAUAGCCAGCAUUGUUGUGUCUGAGAAUAUAUGGCAAAAUAUGUGCAAACGUUGCACAUGUUGACUGCGCCCUUUUUGUACAAUCUGCAGUGUUUAGUAUCAGAAAAUUUUCUGAAUUAAUUUAUAUUUUAUGAAAUGCCGGGAACAUUACAAAUAACACUGAUUUGUAAAGGACACUCUAAGCAACAAAAUUUCACAGACCAAUUUCUAUCAAACAGUUAUCAGUUUCGGAGAAAUUACAUUGUUUACCACAUGUCACACCAGUGGCCACUAGAGGCUCUUCCUUCUUAAGACUUUCAAAACUCAAAAGUCAGUACAGUUAACAUACAGAGCUUCCGAAUGUCCAAUGAAAAUCAUUAAAUUGGACAAAAGUCAACAUUAUUAAUGACGGCACUGGACUUGGAUCCUCUGCAGUGAAGAGACUGUUCAUGUGCUGUAUUAUUUUAUUUUACUAUAAAAAUAAAUAAAUCAAAAACAAGUAGGAAGGCCCUGAAUAUAAACACCAACAUUCUCAAUUAAAAACCAAAUAUAUUUCAUUAUUUUUAAUGUUAAAACAAUCCUUUAAAACUGUUAAAUGACAAUAAUAUUGUAACAAAAGACUCACGUAAUGGUCAUGAAUUUGAAGAGAUCAUUUAUAGUGAAUGUAAUGUUGAAUUGCUCUGGUCAUUUAAUCCUACAAAGAUAUGUUGCUUAUUGAGUUCCACCAUAUAUACAUUUCAUAAACCACUAUUCACAACAAAUACAAUGACUGUAUAGUUGCAUCAUUUAAACUGCAGUAGUUUUGAAAGGCAUUUUUGAUUCUAAUAACCAGUGCGUACAUGGCAUACUAGUACUUGGAUGGCCAGUGGGAAGGGUAUAUACCUGUAGUGUUUUUUUCCCAAGACAUAACUGCAGUUUUGAGACUGUUUGUACCAUAGAUAGUGACAGGGGAAUUUAAUGCACUAUGGCCUGUACACAAGGCUUAGGGUGAUAUUUUGCUUGGUGUAAUCCUUUAAUGUAUGGUUCAUGGCUGAUAAACAGCAUCACUAUGUCAAGGAAGCUUGCUCCCAUAAAAUACUGUAUAAGUAACAUGUUUGUUCUUUAUUAACCACUAUGCAAUUAGGGAAAUAGUAGCCAAUUAGAUAUUGGGUUAGUUUGCACAGAACACAUGAUUUCAUUGAUCUCAUAUAUACAGAAGUCUUGUUAUUGAAUCAAUAUAUUCCCAGUGCUGGCUGGAUCACACAGGUGCCAAUACAAUUAACAUAGGUAUUAUUAAAUGAUAUUAUACAAAAAUAAUAUGUUUAAAAAGGCACAAUUUAAAGGCUAAUAGCACAUCAAUUGUCUGGAUGAAUAAUAUCAAUAUUGAAUCAUUAGGAUCUUACAUUCCUAGAUGUUUUAGCUCCCAAUGAAGCUUUGUCAUUCGAAAUGCAUUCAAAAGGCAUGCAAAGCAUUAUAGGAGUUGUAGUUCAACAACAUCUGGGGAUCUACCUAUUGGGCACAUCUACUCUAGGUAAAGGAUAACUCAGAUUGUGUAAAGGUAUACGAUUUUUUCAUCUAUAACAGAUAACCUGCACCUAGUGCUAUAUCAAUGUAUCUUUAUGAUUGUUUCAGGACCCAUUCACUGUGUGAGGACACAUCCUCGGAACUGCAACGUGUGAUUAAUUUGGAUCCCAGAGGCCUUACAGAGUCACGCAGGAGCUCGUUUACUGGGAGAGGAGCAAUGGCCAGGUACCUGAUAUAUAUAUUUUUUAAGUUUUAUUGGUAUAAAACCCAUAGUACAGGAAUAAGACAUGAAGUUACAUGGUGGAUAAAUGAAUACAUGAAGGGUUACAUGAGGCAUGCAUAAGUCCACGUUGUGAAGCCAUAGGAGAAUGGGUGAUAUGGUUGCAUGGGGGGUGGUUACGCAGUUUUGAAUCUCAUCACAGUUAGGUCAUCUAUUGCCCGUCAGAAUGUGUCUUCAGUCUUUACAUAGGCGUAAAUGAACCUUCAAAUAUGUAGAUGUAACAUGGUAUAACAUAUAACCUUAUAAACACAUAGAUGUGUGGGGGUUUAUACGGAGACCAACUGGGGCAUUUUUGGUCCUAUGUCUUCAAUUGGUGUGGUGACCCAUGGGCUAGUCAUCCGCUGGAGUUAGGGCUCAGGUUGUGUUGUGUCAGUUGGCCUUCUCCAAUGUGUGUAGGGUGUGGGUGCUACCCUGUGUGGGGCGCGUGUUUAGAAUGCGUAGUGUAUCUUUUCUGACGAUUUUUGCCGAUAGUUUGUGGUGAUAUGAAAACGCCUCCCGUGUAAUCGUUAUCGGGCAGAGUGUUCACGGUGUGAGGUAUGAUUUGCCUUUCGGUGUGGGGUGGUGUCGGUGUGCAAGUUCGUCUCCUGUGUUUGUCAGCGUAUUCGGUAACUUUUAGGAUUGGAGGUGAAAAUAGUCACCAAGUGAGUGGUCUCAAUACGAGUGGGCAGCGGGGCGCACCCAUAGGGAUAUUUUUUUAUUCAUUGUUCAUACAGCACUCUUUUUCAAAUCAAGUAUUGAGGAUUAUUAAAAGCCUAUGUUUUAAGGAUAUCCCUUUUUAAAGGUUACUCCAAGCACCACGACCACUUCAGUGAUAUCAAGUGGACAUUGUGCCUGGAACCUGUAUGUGAAGCAUUUCACUUGAAACGCUGCUCAUGCAUGGUUUAACCUUUUUACUGGAUUAGGUGUAACUCCAUCGCUGGCAGCAUCAUAUAGCUGUCAUUAACCAGCCCAAGAAUUCAUGACUGGUUAUUGUCAAUCCUGUGCAAAUUCCUAUGCACAGAAUUGCAUUAAUUGGCUGAGAGCAGUCAGCUGACACUCUCAGCCAUUGAAUGGAUGGGAUCGAGUUCUGCCUUCACAAGCUCUGCAGAAGCUGGAUGUUGAAGCUGGCCGCCAGGAACCCAGGUAAGGGCACAAACUGUUGGAAUAGUUGUUUCCCCCUUUGCUGUGAAACAGGCCAGGUCACUCCUAGCAUAGCAAUCACUACAGUGACCUUAAAUUAUUUUGGGUAAUUUCCCAAGAAUUAGAUCUUGAUGAAUUCAAAGAGUGUAUCAGGAAUCAAAUAUCAGGAUUCUAUGGUCUCAUUCAGAACAAAAUAGAAAACAUAUUCACAAUAACAUAGUAAAAAUGUAUAACCAUAAAUUUGUGACAUUGACCAAUUAGUCAUUAAAUUCUGAGUACUAAAUGAGGUAUGACUUAGAAGGAAAUGAACAAUUAUUUAGUGAUAUUGUAACUGUUCUUUAGAUAUUGUUCUCUGCAGUUUAGCUUUUAUUUUGUUUUCCAUUUAACCUGUGAUGGACAGCUAAUGCCUAAAAUCACAGUGAUUUGUACAAGUCCUGGGUCUGUACAUACCUACUACUCUGGGGUGGUCCCACUGCACCAAAGUUGGCACAUGACCAUUAUUAAUUAAAAAUUGGCGGCUGGAACACUCCUUGGUCUUCUCACGACCCAAGAACAUUACCUGCUUACAAGCAACUUGGGAUGUAGCAGUAUUAGCCCAGAAAGUGUACACAAGACAGUUUGUUUAGAAAGACUGGCUAAUAGCACCUUUUAAAGUACUUGAAGUGAAAUAGUUAAAGUGUGUAAGGUUGAGGAGAUAGAAAUCCAUUAUAUAGAUCCAGAUCGAACACAGACCAAGAAGGAAUGAUAGAAUAACAGAGUUAGGUCAUGUCGGGAUCACUUACUUCUUACCUGAAUCCCCCAGCAUUCUCUAUGAUGCUGAACGCUCAUGCACCGGCAGAGGCGGCUCUAGACUUUGCAAGGCCUUAGGCGAAAGUCAAACAUGAGGCCCCCCAUUUACACCAUUAGUGAAAAAAAUUGCCGCAGCUCCCUAUGCCGCUGCGUUGUGAGCACUUUUACUGUAGAUAUGACAUAAAUUGCUAAUCAUUUGUAUACGAUUGCUGGGUAUGGUUGUAUAGUCUGACAUUUCCCCACAUAUUCUAAAUUCCUUAACAUGUAUAUUAUCACAUAUGUGUUUCCCUAUGUAUUUUAUAUGUAUGUAUGUAUGUAUGUAUGCAUAUAUAUGUUGCUUGCAACUUUAUCUUUGCAUUGCCCAUAUCAUACCACAACCACACUGCAGACACACGCACACAUUUAAACACUAAUACGCAAAUACAUAUACACACUGAUACAUGCACAUGCAUUUACACACACACACAAACACACUGAUGCACACAUAUUGACUAAUACAGACAUACAGUCACAAUGUGUUUAUCUGGCUGUGUGUAUUUCUGAAUGUGUCUGGCAUUGUCUGUCUGUGUAUGUGCCUGAGAGUGCGUCUGACAGUGAGUACCCUUGUAUGUGAAUGUAUGUUUCUGUGAGCAUGUGUAUGUUUGUGUCUAGGACCGUAUGUGUGUGGUAGCUGCUUGCGGUAUUUUUUGUAUAUGGACUGUGGCCUUUGUGCAUUUUGUCUGUGGUGACAGUGUGUGUGUGGGGAAUGGUGACAGGGUGUGUGGAGGGAGGUGACAGGGUGUCGAAAGGGGAGACUGUGUGUGUGAGUGGAGGGGAUGACAGAGUGUGAAAUGACGUGAAAGAGAGUGGAGGGGGCUGACAGAGUGUGGAGAGGUGUGACAGAGUGUGGAAGGGGGUGACAGAUUGUGGAAGGGAUUAACAGAGUGUGAAAGGGGGUGACAGGUCGCUGAGGGAGGGAUGGGUGACAGAGUUAGGGGGUGGCAGAGUGAAGGGUGGGCAGGUGGCUGAGGGAGGGUAGGAGGGGGUGACAGGGGGCUUUGCGAUGAGGUGACAGAGUGAGGGAAGGUGGGGUGACAGGGGACAGAGUGAGGGUAGGUGGGGGUGACAGGAGACAGAGUGAGGGUGGUGACAGGUGUUAGAAUUAGGGUAAAGGGGGUGACAGGUGGCAGAGUGAGGGCCACAGUGAGGGGGUGACAGUUGUCAGUGAGGGAGGGGCUCACAGGGGGCAGAGUGAGGGGGUGACAGAGGGCAGAGUCAGGGAGGGAGGGGGUGACAGCGGGCUUAGUGAGAGGAUGACAGUGGGCUUGGUGAGGGGGCGACAGGGGACUUGGUGAGGGGGCGACAGGGGACUUGGUGAGGGGUGACAGGGGCUUGGUGAGGGGUGACAGGGGCUUAGGUAGGGGGUGACAGGGGACUUAGGAGUGACAGGGAACUUAGGAGUGACAGGGGGCUUAGUUAGGGGUGCCAGGCCCCAGUGAUGGGGUGACAGGGGGCUGAGGGGGUGACAGGGGACUGAGGGGGUGACAGGGGACUUUGAGGGGUGACAGGGGGCUGAGGGGGUGACAGGGGACUGAGGGGGUGACAGGGGACUUUGAGGGGUGACAGGGGACUGAGGGGUGACAGGGGACUUUGAGGGGUGACAGGGGCCUUAGUGAGGGAGGGGUAAUUACCUUUGCAGGUGUCCCUGGUGGUCCAGUGUCCUGGCUCCCUGGUGGUCCGGUGGGCCUCCUAUCCGGUCUGCAGCUCCGCCGGGUGUGAGCUGCAGACCACGUGAUAGGAGUCUCGCGAUCUCCAGAAAUCAGAGCGUUGCCGUGGAAACCCGCGGCAACGCUCUGAUUGGCUGGGGAUCGUGAGGCACUUCAGUCUGCAGCUCAGACACGGAGGAGCUGCAGACUGAAGGCUGGCUCUCCGGGCGGACCGAGGGGGCCUCGCACCCGGCGGCAUAAAGGGCAAGCCGCCGGGUUCCCCCUGAUGUCGGAUCCUCGGUCAUGGACCGAGGAUCCGACAUGUAUGUCUGCCCUUGGGCGAUUUAGGCGGCCGCGAGGCCUUAGGCGGCCGCCUAAAUCGCCUAAUUAGAGAGCCGCCUCUGUGCACCGGCACCACUGUGUUUUAUGGGCAGCCAGAUUCCGGUCUGAAUUCACCAGACAGAAUUUGGGUCUUAUUGGAGAAUGUUCUGGACCGAAUUUGGCACACAGAUAUGACAUUGACAAGUAUGCUAAUAAGAAUUUCUACCAUCCAUGAAUCAUAAGGAAUUCACUUAUGAAAUGGACCAAUAUAAAUUAAACUCCUCCUGUAUACUUACAUUUCCCACUCCUUAUUGCCCUGUUGUGGUCCUGGUAGCCAAAUUGCAGUUUCCUUGUAUCUCCUGUUCCUGGUUUCUGAUUUUGUUUGUGUAGGUGUUUCUCCUGAUCUCUGGUAUCCUUUGACCUUGGUUUGCUAGAACAUUUAUUUGUAUCUCUCCUGUCCUUGACCUCGGCAUUCUAGCUGACUCUUAUACUGUUAGUCUGGCCUCUCUAAAGACCAGUAUCCUGUUUGUCUAUUUAUUGUGUUAUAGCCUGUACAUUUAGCCUGCACUCUGAUCCUGACAGGUCAGGGAACAGGUCAGAAUCCAGAGAGACAAUAGUUCAGGUAAGGUACAAAGAGGCAAUCCAGUAUCAGGAUCAAAUCCAGGGGUCAGAAUCCAGAGUAGUAUGAAUGUAGUGAUGUAAAGUGCAGUUAAAACUAUGCUAGGAGCACAGAAAGACUAAGCAACCUGCUUAGUCAAUUCUGGGAUUUUAGAAGUGGCAACUGAUAGGUCACCAUCCCUCCCCAUCUGGUCUUCCUGUGCUGCCCCUUAAAUUGUAUAUUACUUAAGAUUGGCUGUCAUGGCGAACAUCACCAGGCAGCCAAUCCGAGCAUGAAAACUAGCUGCACUCCCAUGCAAGGGUCAAGGUCAUGUUGGAGUAUGCCCUAGACUUAGGGAAGUAUGUCUCUUUGACAGGUGCAUGCCACAAAGGGCCGAGUGGUCCCCAGAGGGGUCAGCAUUUGCAUCCCAAGUUCUUACAGUUAAAUUGGGGCUCCCACGAAUUUGUGGCAGCCAUUGUGAGACCUGGGAGAAGGUAUGUUACAGCCUGACAAAGUGAUUAUUUGUUUUAUUUGUUUACUCCAAUGGGUCCUUAGAUACAAGGAUGAGGCCAAGUCUAUGGGGACAAAGACACUCACCUUAUUCAGUAGCAACAAGGCACAUAUUUACACAGGAUAACAUUUAAGGAUGAUUACGGAGACAAUAGGAAAUAUGAACAGCACAUGACAUCAUCUAGGGUACAGUUACAAAUAUUUCUUAUAUUUUUUUAGGUUGACAAGAUUUCUAAUUUCAAUGCGAACCUGGGCAGUGCGACACCUAACCCGAGAGGACCAGCGACCAGAUUCAUUUCUGGAGCGUUUCAGAGGACCAGAACUAAAGGAAGUUACUAGCAGAAACAGCAACACUCAGCCACUACAGGAACAUCAUGAAAGACUCGAAAGAAUUAACAGGUAUAUUAAUUAAUUAAUUGAUAGUAGUUGCUAAAAGCCAAGUAGCACCUGGUUACUUACCACCUAUUGUUAUUUGAGUAUGAAUUUCAACUACGUCAUCUAGAUUUAAAAAUAAAAGUUAAUGACUUCAAAUUCUCAGUACAUCCGACAUUAAACUUAUGUUGUAUAUUUAACAGUAUUUAACUACUCAGAUCUAUCUAUAACUAUGAUGUUUGUAGUUUUCAAUAAAUACAUUCAAUUUGGCAAGUAAAGUAUAUGUAAACACUAAGUGCAACAUGCCCAGAUGUUCGCAAAUUAAUCUCACAUAUGGGAGCCUUCUAUGGUAUUCUAUGAAAUUCCUAUGGCAAUUAAUUUAAAAAAUAUGUCUUUUUCUUGAUAUACAUUCAGUUUGCAAAAUAGAUAAAGCUAAAUGGUGGUCAGUAUCGGUGGAGGAAGAUGUGAGUAACAUUCAAAUGUUAAAUAUAAGUGAUGAUCAUGGAAACCUUUGUAUUUCCAAAUCACAAACCUCAACUGAAUAUUGGUAUUAAAGGUGAGUAUAAUAGCUCCCUUUAGGCAUUUUCAUGUAAACACUGCCUUUUCAAAGAAAAGGCAGUGUUUACAUUGUCCCUAGGAGGGGCCACUGGAGGGGCUUCCUGGCUCAGGACUGCACAGUAAGCCACCCUGCCGUUCAGCGUCCCCACGUUCUGCAUGGAGACGCAAAAUUUUCCUCAUAGCGAUGCAUUGAUUCAAUUCAUCUCUAUGAGGAGGUCCUGAUUGGCUAAAACAGCAUUUGGCCCCUCCCCUGUGCCGAUUUUAGCCAAUCCUAUGGGAAAGCCUUGGAUUGGUUAAAAAUCGGCCAUUUUGAUUAUGUCACAAAUGGGGCGGAGCCAACGCCGACAGGACGGGAAUGGAAAUAAGGUGAGUUUCAACUUUUAUGGGGAUCUAAGGGGGGGGCAAGCCACCUAUAUGGUGGUGUUACCAUUAUAGGGUCAGGAAUACAUGUUUGUGUUCAUGACCCUAUACUGAUCCCAGGGGCGUUUUAGCCGCGAGGCAAACAAGGCUUUUGCCUUGGGCGGCAUUUUUCAGUGGGUGGCUAACAGACAUGCUGAGCGGGCGGCGCUGGGCUGGGCGGGCGGCUGGCGAGGGAGCUCUUCCUCUGAGCUGUCCGCUCAGUUCCCUCACGUGCCGCAGAGUGAGGCUGGGAGCCGGAAUAUGACGUCAUCUUCCGGCUCCCAGCCUCACUCUGCGGCGCGCGAGGGAGCUGAGCAGACAGCUCAGAGGAAGAGCUCCCUCGCCAGCCGCCCGCCCAGCCGAGCCCCGCCCGCAGUCACUGGACCACCAGGGAGAUAAAGAACCUCCCCCCCCCAGCAUUCCCAAAGGUAAGGGGGGGGGUAAAUUAAAAAAAAAAUGUGUUAAUGUGAGUGUGUGUGUGUGUCUGUUAAUGUGUGUGUGUCUGACUGUGUGAGUGUGUCUGCUAGUGAGUUAGUGUGUGUCUGCUAGUGAGUUAGUGUGUGUCUGACUGUGUGUGUCUGUUAGUGUGUAUGUGUGUGUCUGACUGUGUGUGUCUGGUAGUGUGUAUGUGUGUGUCUGACUGUGUGUGUGUGUCUGUUAGUGUGUAUGUGUGUGUCUGGCUGUGUGUGUCUGUUAGUGUGUAUGUGUGUGUCUGACUGUGUGUGUGUGUCUGUCAGUGUGUGUGUCUGACUGUGUGUGUCUGUCAGUGUGUGUGUGUCUGUUAGUGUGUAUGUUUGUGUCUGACUGUGUGUGUCUGUUAGUGUGUCUGUGUCUGUUAGUGUGUGUGUGUCUGACAGUCAGGCCUGUUUAGUGUGGUGUGUGUCUGACUGUAUGUAUGUGUCUGACUGUGUGUGUGUGUGUCUGCGUUAGUGUGUCUGUUAGUGUGUGUCUGUUAGAGUGUGUGUGUGUGUCUGUUAGAGUGAGUGUGUGUCUGUUAGGGUGAGUGUGUGUGUGUCUGUUAGCGUGUGUAUGCGUAUCUGUCAGUGAAUGUGUGUGUGUGUAUUUAGAAGGCGGGGCGGGGGGGAAGGGUUGGGUGGGCCUGGCGCGGGGGGUGGAGGGGCGCCUGAGUUUUGUCCUGCCUAGGGCAGCACAAAACCAGGAUACACCACUGACUGAUCCUUUAACAAUGCUUACUUAAAGAAACACAAAUAUGUAGUAGUACAUAUUUGUACAUGUGUAGUUCCCCCCCAAGGUAGGAUAUACUUACCUUAUUUCACAUGGCAUGCUGGUUUUAAUCCAAAGCUCCACUUCUUGGGCUGGAAUCAUCGAGAUUAAUGAGCUCAGCCAAUCCACUGUUUCCCCAUAGAGAGAUGGCACAUGCAUGGCAAAAUUUCAUGCUACGCCGAUCAAAUAGUAUCAGACCAUCUGACUGAAUAGCAAAGUUUAACUCGACUAUUGGGCCGGGAGCACCUCUAGUGGCAGGAAGACAGCCACUGUAGGCAUGUUAACCCUGUAUUGUAACCAUUACAUUACAUCCUGCAAAAUGGCAAUGUUUUCAGUUGCAGGGUAAAAGACAGGAACAUGGCAUCCAUUAUUGAGAUCAUUAAGAUCAAGUUGUCUGGGUGCAGAUAGGGUUCUUUAACAACUACUUUUUUACCGGCAAACAUGAAAAUGAGCACUUCUUUGCUACCAGGAUUACUUCUUCAGCUGCAUAUAAAAGAACAGAACAAUUUUAACAACAAAUGCUUUAGGGAGCAGUCACGGUGAGUUCAUGUACUCAACAUUGAACUGUUGUGUGUUGAAAAAUAAAUUGCGAAAUUUAGUUCUAAACAUGCAGAUUUGAACACAUUCUUCAAAUCAUUUUUAGUCAGUGAAACAAAGCAGAAGACCGGAAGAACACAAAUUAAAUGAGUAAUUUGUUCUUCUCACAUUCAGAUUUCUCACUCUAGAUGAUUGCUGGCUAUAGCUCAGGCCUUCAUACACAAGGAAUGAGAAGUGGAAAAUUAUCCUUUACCAAUAAAGAUUUGUGAAUAAUUGUGUAUGGAACCUUUAAAAUGUAAAUAGGAAACAGUGCAGCCCAUAGUUGUCUCCCAUGUUAUUUCUUCCAAAAUGCCGGGUAUUUUACUGUGAUGGUGAAAAUUAAACGUGAAAGGUGGAAAAAUUGGUUUCAUCUGAAUCUGUGACAAAAUAAAAUAUGUACACAAGUGCACGCAGAUACACAUACACUUAAAGGACCACUACAGACACCCGGAUCACAUCAGCUCAAUGAAGUGGUCUGGGUGCCAGAUCCCUCUAGUUUUAACCCUACAGCUGAAAACAUGUUUCACUGAGGGUUAAUCCAGCCUCUAAUGGCUGUCUCAUUGACAGCCGCUAGAGGAGCUUACGUUAUUCUCACUGUGAAAAUCACAGUGAGAAGAUGCUGAACGUCCAUAGGAAAGCAUUGAGUAAUGCUUUCCUAUGGGCGGUUAGAAUGCACGUGCGGCUCUUGCCACUCAUGCGCAUUCGGAGCUGAGAGGCGGAUCGGGGCGGAGAGAUCCCCAGCGCCAAGGGAGUACGGCGCUGGAGAAAGGUAAGUGCUUAAGACACACACUCUCAUGAACAGACGCAUACACACUAGCUAACAGACACACACACUCUCACGAACAGACGCAUACACACUAGCUAACAGACACACACAUUUACUGACAGACACACACUCAGAUAUUGACAUAUAUACACGCUCACUGACAGACACAUACACAUUCACUUAAAAAACACAUGCUCACUAACAGACGCACACAAACUAACACAUUCAGUAACAGACACACACAGUACCACACUCACUGACACACUCUAACACACUCUAACACACACACACUUUUUUUUUAAUUGAAUCCCCCAGCCUCCUUACCUGUGGGAAUGCUGAGGGGAUUCCCUGGGGUCCAGUGGUGUCACCGGGCGGUAGGCAGGCGCGUGAGUGAGCACUCUCCCCGCAGUGCUUCCUGUUCAGCUCCCUCGGGCGCCGCAUACUGAUGCCGGAGCCGGAAGAUGACGUCAUCUUCCGGGUCCGGUAUCAGUGCGGUGCGCGAGGGAGCUGAAGAGGAAGCACUCAGAGAGUGCUCCCUCGCCUGCCCGCCGGGUGACACCAGGGCCAGCCUCAGGGGGACCCUCAGGCGGCCAGCUCCUGGGCCCCCCAGGAGAAGAGGCUGGCAACAGUGGCAUACAUACCGGGUCGCAGGGCGGCCGGGCCCCCUGGUGGGCCCGGUCGCAGCCGCCACCCCUGCGACCCUGGUAUGUACGCCACUGGCUAUUGGAAUUCGAGGAAUGAAUCACUGAUUGAUUGCAAAUUACAAUUUAAAACCAAAUGCACUGAAUAUUCUACUGAAAGUCCUUUGCUGACAGAUUCAUGUUCAUGUGGUCUUCUGCUACCUCAGUCCCUAACAUAUGAUACUUCUAAUAAGUUUGAAUAAUUGGACUGAAAAAAGUCUGUUAAAUCCCUUUUUUUUUUUAAAAAGUAAUUCUUUUUUUUUGUGAUGCAUAGAUACAGACAGGCUUGUCGUCAGGGCCGGACUAGGAAGAAAAUUCGGCCCGGGCAUUUUUUAGUUACAGCGGCCCACUUAAAAGGGGGCGGGCCAUAUAGGGUGUGUUUUGUCAUCACCAAUGACAAGCACGCCCCAUCACAAAGUGAGCAUGUUGGUUCAACUCUCUUCCAGGGCAGACCAUGCGCAGAGCUCUGCUGAAGAGCUCUAGCAUGAUAAAAAGACACUGUAUUUGUUCUGCACAGUGCAAGCAAAUUUAAUAACAUGCUUGCACUGUGUUUGCUUGAAAUUUGUCUCUGGUGUCUCCAUAAAUGGGAUACCAUGAGACAAAAAUGCCAGGAAAGAGUAUUGUGCAGUAUGUGUGCGAGGGGGCUGUUUGUGUGUGAGGGUGCUGUGUGUGUGUGUAAGGGGUGUAGUGUGUGUGCAAGAGGGGUGCAGUGUGUGUGUGAGGGGUGCAGUGUUCGUGUGCUGUGUUUGCGUGAGGGUGCUAUGUGCGUAUGAGGGUGCUGUGAGUGUCAUGGGUGCAGUGUGUGUGUGUGUGAGUGAGUGAGUGAGUGAGGGUGCUGUGAGUGUCAGGGGUGCAGUGUGUGUGUGUGUGUGUGAGGGUGCUGUGAGUGUCAGGGGUGCAAUGUGUGUGUGAGUGAGGGUGCAGAGUGUUUGUGUGAAUGAUUAUAUCCCCCCUCCCUUCUUACCUUCAUCCUGUGAGGGGGGGGGAUCAUGCUGCUGCCAUCCCUGGUGGUGCUAGUGAUGAGUGAACUUUAGUCUGUGGGGCUAGAGUUCACUCUCGGAAGACCUGGAGCAUUGCCAUGGCAACACUCCGAGUCUCGCAAGAGGAACCUGUCUCCAUCCCUCUCUCCCCCGCCGGCGGCCGCAAUAAACUGCAUGUAGGCCGAUGAGGGAGAUCUAUGAUCUCCCCACCGGCCCAUCAUGGAAUGCAGCAGGGCCGGCGCUCGGAUAGUGCCGGCCCUGCAUAGACCGGCAGGGGAGAGUCGGCCUCGGUGCUUCGUUAGGUGCUUCUUGUUGCUGGGGGGUGUAUGUGGUUGUGCAGCUUUCUCCAGAAAUUGGUAAAGAUCUUGUCGAGCUUAGUGAGUAUGUCAGCUGGCUCGCAGCGAUGAUCUGGGAGAAAUGUGGAGUAUGCCAUCAGAGUUAUUUACCGGUCGAGAUGUCCCGAACAGUUCGCCGGCGAAUAGUUCCCGGCGGGCGAACAUAUGCGAUGUUCGGUCCGCCCCCUAUUCCAUAUCAUUGAGUAAACUUUGACAACCCCCCCACCUGCCGCUCGGGGGUGGGGGUUGUCAAAGUUUACUCAAUGAUAUGGGGGGGGGGACCUACUGUCCUCCCCCCGGCCCCCACACCUGAGCGGUGGGUGGGGGCCCUAAAAAAAACAAUAGAGGGGAACUUCUGUCCCCCCCUGACCCCCACCCCUGAGUGGUGGGUGGGGGCCCUAAAUACUAAGAGAAGGGGGGACCUAAGGUCCUCCCCCCUGGCCCCCACCCCUGAGCGGCGGGUGGGGGCCCUAAAUACUAGAAAGGGGGGGACCUAAGGUCCUCCCCCCUGGCCCCCACCCCUGAGUGGAGGGUGGGGGCCCUAAAUACUAAAAAGGGGGGGGACCUAAUGUCCUCCCCCCCGGCCCCCACCCCUGAGCGGUGGGGGCAAAUAAAUCACAAUGGGGGGGGACCUAAGGUCCUCCCCCCUGGCCCCCACCCCUGAGCGGCGGGUGGGGGCCCUAAAUACUAAAAAGGGGGGGGGACCUAAGGUGAUCUGGGAGAAAUGUGGAGAAUGCCAUCAGAGUUAUUUACCGGUAGAGAUGUCCCGUACAGUUCGCCGGCGAAUAGUUCCCGGCAAACAUCGCAUGUCCUCCCCCCUAUACCCCUGAGCGGCGGGUGGGGGCCCUAAAUACUAAAAAGGGGGGGGACCUAAUGUCCUCCCCCCCGGCCCCCACCCCUGAGCGGUGGGUGGGGGCAAAUAAAUCACAAUGGGGGGGACCUAAGGUCCUCCCCCCUGGCCCCCACCCCUGAGCGGCGGGUGGGGGCCCUAAAUACUAAAAACCUAAUGUCCUCCCCACCGGCCCCCACCCCUGAGCGAUGGGUGGGGGCAAAUAAAUCACAAUGGGGGGGACCUAAGGUCCUCCCCCCUUGCCCCCACCCCUGAGCGGCGGGUGGGGGCCCUAAAUACUAAAAAGGGGGGGGGACCUAAUGUCCUCCCCCCCAGCCCCCACCCCUGAGUGGCGGGUGGGGGCCCUAAAUACUAAAAAGGGGGGGCACCUAAGGUCCUCCCCCCCGGCCCCCACCCCUGAGCGGCGGGUGGGGGCCCUAAAUAAAAUGUGUCCCCCCCCAGGUGACUAGGGGUCCCCAAACCCCUAGUCACCCCCUCUCCCCCCAAAAAAAAUUAACCCCCUACCUACCCCCCUCACCCUAAAAAUAAUGAGGGGGGGACCUUUAACUAAGUACCUGUAAAAAAAUAAAAUAAAACUUACCAUUCAAUGUUUUCUUUCUUCUAAAUCUUCUUUUUUCAGCCCCAAAAAAGGCCAAAUAAAAAACCAUAAUAACCGACGCAAUUAAAAAAAAAAAAACGAGCGCAAAAAAAAUAAUCCAUCUUCACCCGGCAAGGGCUCCGCGCAGACUGAGCUCUGCAGGGCGGGGGAAGGCUUAUAAAGCCUUGCCCCGCCCUGCAAUUAGGCUCAGAGCACUCUGAUUGGUGGGUUUAAACCAUCCAAUCAGAGUGCUCUGACAGGUAAAUGAAGAGACUGACAGGUAAGUCUCUACAUUUACCUGUCACAGCACUCUGACUGGUUGGUUUGAAAUCCACCAGAGUGCUCUGUGUCAUUUUACACAGCAUGGGAAAGUUCUUUGGAAUUUUCCCACGCUGUGUAAUUUGACUCAUAACACUCUGAUUGGUGGAUUGAAAGUAACCAAUCAGAGAGUUAUGAGUCAAAUUACACAGCGUGGGAAAAUUCCAAAGAACUUUCCCCCACCCAAGAUUUAUUUGCCCCCAUCCACCGCGCAGGGGUGGGGGUCGGGGGGGAGGACAGUAGGUCCCCCCCCUCAUUAUUUUUAUGGCCCCCACCCACCGCACAGGGGUGGGGGCGGGGGGGAGGAUAGUAGGUCCCCCCCCUCAUUAUCUUUAUGGCCCCCACCCGCCGCCCAGGGGUGGGGUCCGGGGGGAGGACAGUAGGUCCACACAGGGGUGGGGGCAAUAGGUUGUUUUUUGUUUUUGUUUUUUUUACAGUGAGCAGCCACUGGCUGCUCACUGCUUACUAGACAUGCCCCUACUCGCUGCAUAGCGAGUAGGGGCAGAAUUUACUAAUACUAAGUAAUCUUUACUUAGUAUUAGUAAAUGUGGCUGAAAGACCAGUUUAGGUCUUUCAGCCUUUUAGUAGAUAGCUCUCUAAUACCGUGGGAAUUAGGGAGUUAUCUACUAAGCGGCUGCAAGAUGCAGCUGCGGAUCGGAGUUUGCAUGCCACAGUCCAGGUGUUAGUCCCCUUGAAACAACUUUUCCAUCACUAUUGUGGCCAGAAAGAGUCCCUGUGUGUUUUAAAAUUCGCCUGCUUAUUGAAGUCUAUGGCGGUUCGCGGGUUCGCGAACAUUUGCCGAAAUUCGCGUUCACCGUUCGCGAACCGAAAAUUUCAUGUUCGCGACAUCACUAUUUACCGGUACCAGAUAUCACUGGUUCAGAGCUGUGGUGUUGUUCAGGUAUGGCAAUAGGGCUGCCAAGAGGUGAACUAUGAUCACCCCCACUGGUCCAGAGAGGGGGAAAUGGGGCCACAGAUAAAUUCAGCGUGUGUCCAGGCUUUUGCAGAUUUGGAAAGCGGCCUUUCCUCCUGUCCAACAGAAUAGCUGGGCCUCACUUUUUCUCCUGGAUUUACUGUGCCAGUCUCAGUUUUUAGCUGCUCCCGACUUGAUCCUUCAAGUCAGGACUCGGGUUAGUUUCCACUGGGAACAAAAUAUAAAUGCUGGCUGGCGGUAAAUUAACCCCUUAAGUACACAUGACAUGUGUGACAUGUCAUGAUUCCCUUUUAUUCCAGAAGUUUGGUCCUUAAGGGGUUAAGUAAGAUUGGCGACUACAUGUGGAGCUCAUGUAGAACACGUCUAGCCGCCAUUAAGGUCAGACCCUGGCCCCCAAAAAUCCCUCUUAUGUUGGUUCUUCAACAUAAGGAUAGAAUAAAGCUUGAUAUGUGGUGAUAUGAAACUAGAGAGCUCGUAGUGCUGCAAGCCUCCUAACUGUUCAGCUUUCGAUGGAACAGUCUGUAUUUUUUUUUAGGAUCCUAUUGCACCAUCUAGAUUUUAGUUUUCUGGUGUCCUGCAUCCAGGGAGAUCAGGGAAUCAGGCAACUGACCCAAGGGAGCACAGUGCAAAUGCAAAUUUAGACACACAUUCACGGUCCAGUGAGUGCUAGAACAAGGUAGAGAAUACCGUAGCAGUGUUCUCUGCAUGGUCAUGUAUGUUGGGGGCUGUACAGUAGGCUAUCUGUAAGCCUGGCUUAACACCAGGUUGAAUUGCCUCUAAAGUGGGCAGGCCUGUCUAUUAUGGACAUGGCCAAAGACACAAGUUAUUGACACCCUUUGCAGGUCUGCUGUAACAUUAUUAUGUUUUCAAAACUGAAAAAGUGAUAUUCUGUUACUUUAUGUUAUGCAAAGUAAAGACAGUGCCAGAGAAAGUUUAGCAAACACUAUACUCAAAUGGAAACAUAGAACUAUUCUAUUCUAUAUGGUCUGCAUUUUCAUUUCAAAUUAAUAUUGUAUAACUGUAGGGAAAAUGGAUAAAAAUGUGACAUAGUGUAAACAAAAAAAAUAUAGCUUAUACAUUGUUCUUGUUAAAUUGCAAAUGUACAAAAAUAAUCUAAAAAAUAGCUUUUGUAGUGCUGUUUAGAUUGUUGUUCUUUAUCACUAUGCUGUGGUUAAAAUUUUGAAGAUAGACAACAUCCUCAAAGAACAUGGUAGCAUUACUCAAUUCAUGCAUGAACCUCCACACAUGGAUUGGUUGAUUCCUGGUUAAUCUCUCAAAAUGUUAAUUUGCUAUCUCUAUCAUGUAGCUUUAUUGAAAGCUGUGGUCAACAAUCAGGUGAAGUCCUAAAUGCACAAAAAGUUUAAGACUGUGGUCCAGGUUUCCCGGUGUGGUGGUCCCCUGCAUUGAUCUCCAGUCUAUUUUUAUUUUUAAAUGAUGAUAUAAAGGUACUGCAGUUUUAAAUAUCUUGGAAAGUGAUGAUGUGUUUGGUGUUCCCUGUGUGGGCCUGACCGAUGUAUACUUUUGGAUAGCUAAAUAGAGGUGGAACCUCACAACAUCAGCUCCCCUCUAUAAUUAGACCAGUGGCAUACAUGCCGGGGUCGCAGGGGGGAGUAUGUACACCAGUGUGGCCAGCCUCUUCUCCUGGGGGGCCCAGGAGUUGGCCACCUCAGGGCCCCCCCGAGGCUGGCCCUGGUGUCACCUGGCGGGCAGGCUGGUGGGCGCGCUGGGCGGAGAGUGCUCAGGGGAAAGUGCUCCCUCGCGUGCCUGCCAGCCUGCCCGCUGACCGGCCACCCAGCAACACCACUGGACCUCAGGGAAUCCCCUCAGCAUUCCUAAAGGUAGGGAGGCUGGGGGAUUACAUUUUUUUUUUUAAAACGCGUGUGUGUGUUAGUGUUAGUGUGUGUGUGUGUUAGUUUUUGUGUGUCAGUGAGUGUGUUACUGUGUGUUUGUUACUGAGUGUGUUAGUUUGUGUGCGUCUGUUAGUGAGUGUGUAUGUGUGUCUCAGUGAGUGUGUAUUUAUGUCUGUCACGGAGUGUGUGUCUGUUAGCUAGUGUGUAUGCGUCUGAUCGUGAGAGUGUGUGUGUGUGUCUUCAGCACUUGCCUUUCUCUAGCACCGGACUCCCUUGGUGCUGGGGAUCCCUCCGCUCCGAUCCUCCUCUCCGCUCUGAAUGCGCAUACGCGGCAAGAGCCGCGCGCACAUUCAAACCGCCCAUAGGAAAGCAUUACUCAAUGCUUUCCUAUUGACGUUCAGCAUCUUCUCACUGUGAUUUUCACAGUGAGAAUCAUGGAAGCUCCUCUAGCGGCUGUCAAUGAGACCGCCACUAGAUACUGGAUUAACCCUCAGUGAAACAUAGCAGUUUCUCUGAAACUGCUAUGUUUUCAGCUGCAGGGUUAAAACUAGAGGGACCUGGCACCCAGACCACUUAAUUGAGCUGAUGUGAUCUGGGUGUCUGUAGUGGUCCUUUAAGUGUAUGUGUAUCUGCAUGCACUAGCGUACAUACCGCGGUCGCAGCCCUGCGACCCCUGCGACUAGGUGCUCGCCACCAGGUGUUGCGGCCACGGCCCACGCAGAGUAAGCGUGGGGGGGCCCACGGAUCAGUUUUCGCACCGGGCCCCAUGGAUUGUGUGUACACCACUGAAUUAGACUGUUGUGUUUAUGUAUAUAUGUUUAAACUGUCUGUACUUUACGAGAGGACUCGUGCUGCUUAUAUUUAAUAGUCUUGUUGGGUCUAAGAUGACCUUUGGAAAGAAGUGUUGUAAGAACAAACAGUCCCUAUAUUUAAACAAUAACGUUAAUGACAGACCAUAUUAGAAAACUAAACAUAAAAAGAACAUGUAAUCAGAAUUAAGAUCAGAAUUGAAUUAUACAAAAAAAAAAAAGUUUCAAGAUUCUUCAUAUAGGUCUGAGCAGCAAUUUACUGAUUAUGGUGCCCCCAAGAUAAUAACGUACCUUAAAUAACAGUGCGCUGUUACACAGGAUGUAAGGUUAGUAAUGUUCUGACAUUAUUAAUUCACUUAGUGUUAAGUUUAAUGAUAGUUUUUUUUUGCGUUUUAUACUGUUUAUAUUUGAUUUUGAAGGCUUCUUUUUUGUGCUCAGUCUUUGUGUUUUCUUUUUAUUGAUAGUUUUGUCUUGUGCUUCAUUUCUUUGUUUCUUUUUGAUUUCACUCACAAGCCAUUGGGUCUUUGCCAGUUAUAACAUCAACAACAGCAACAACACAGAAGAGUAAGUCAGUCCUCAUUAUUCUCAUAGGAUGACUCAAGAUCCCUAAACCCUACUUGUGAAGUUUGGUUAAUGAUGUAUCUUGGUAGUUUUAAAUGAAUGUUAGUUUAGAUAGCCAAGUAUAUUUCCUAAAGAUAGAUUGUAACACCCUCUGACCCUUUUAGCAUUCUCUUUAGUGUUAAUUAGCUCCCAUCCAUCUGUUAUUUCAAUAUUUUAUAAAUUGUGUUUGUGUGAGAAUUGUGACCAUUAUUGCAUAUUAUCUAUAAGACAUCAUUUUUGCAGACUCUAGAAUAAAACACAUUAUUAUUAUUUUAUGUACCUUUUGUAAAGAAAAACAAAUGUUUUACUGAAAUAAUUCCAUUAGUUUUCAAGUACAUAAAAUGCACAAUAUUACUCAUAAAUGCUUUCGCUUAAGUUCCAGAUAUAAAAGAAAAAGAAAGAAAGGCUCAGUCCCGGGGUACGAAUUGUGGAAUGGCACAAUCAGUACACUUUGAAAAAAAUGUAAACUAGAAUAAUUUAAUGUAGAAACAUUCCAAUUUACCUCCUCCAAUUUCAUCCUAGAGUUAAGUAGAUAAAUCGGCAGGCAAACCUUGUAAAACAUGGAAGCAAGUUCAUUGUAGAAAGAAGAGCACUUGUGUUAUGUUAGUAAUAAAAGCUACAGAGUUUCCCUAAGCUUUUGCCGGUUCUCGGCAUUCUCAUAUUAUCAGUUUUUGUUUCUAUGCAUUUGCUUAGGCUCUCCCCAAGUUAAAACGGUAAUCCAGGCAUGGACCCUGUGCUCACUGUGCCUGGAGGGGUAUCAGCUAUACCUCGCUGACGAGGUCCGAAGAAGGUUGCUGUAUCUCUUGUGCAGAGGGAAUUUGCCAACAUUUUGGUUCUGGACUGCCCUUAUGGGUGGGAUCAGUCUGAUGUGCAAAUGGUUCUCUUUGUAAUGGCACAAGUGAACAAACAUUUUUGAGACCUGAGCGGGGAUUUACCGAAGGGCAUGCUACUGAGUUUCUCUAAGCUUUUGUCCAUUCUCAGGGUUCGAAUAUUCUAUGUUUUUCUUGUUAGUAAUAUUGUAAGAAGCAGUUACAUUGCAGUGAUGCAGUAGUAUAAAUAUAUAUUCUUCAAAUAUUGGAGGCACUCGCAGGACUUUGUUAUGAAAAAGUAAAAAAGUUUUUGAUUGUGCAGCGUCAACGUUUCGGACCCACUCGUGGUCCUUUCUCAAGGUCUUGAGAGGACCACGAGUGGGUCCGAAACGUUGACGCUGCACAAUUAGAUUUUUUUUUACAUUUUCAUACUCCUUUCCAAUAUUUAAAGAAUGUAUUAUAGUUCCACUGUGGAGCACCGAGGCUAUAUUAUAUAAUUGCUUGAGAGGGUGGAAAUGAAAUCUGCGAUAUAAAGCCUAGACUGAUCAGUUAUACAAUUUAUACAAUGUGCAAUAAGGUAAGAGCCGUUUUUGUGUAUGUGUGUGUGUGUAUAUAUAUAUACACACACACACACACACACACAUACACAAAAACGGCUCUUACCUUACUGCACAUUGUAUAAAUUGUAUAACUGAUCAGUCUGGGCUUUAUAUCGCAGAUUUCAUUUCCACCCUCUCAAGCAAUUAUAUUGUGAUAUCAGUAGGGAUGAAGCAGUGCCCCUUCCCUGAUACAAAUCCUAUUGAUGCUCACGAGUGACAUUUUGCUCCAAUUAUGCCAGUUUUCAGUAAGCAUGUAUUAAUUCAAAGCUGACCAGCAAUUAAACUCUUAAAUGCUUCUUGAAAGCUGACUUAAUUCUUGCAGAUUGCUUCUCUGAGUCAAUGAUAUGCGUUCAGCGUUGCAAGGGAUGCAGUGAAGCAUAUCUACAGGUUCUGCAGAGAGAAAAAUGGAGAAUUCAACAGCUACACAGACGUACAGCACCAGGGAUGCCAAGCAGGGGUAAGUGUUUAAACUAAACACUUAUUUCCUAUUCACAAGUCUUCCAUGCGUGAAAGGAUAGAAAACCAACUAAAUGCGUUUAAUACCACGACUCUUUAUUUGCUUCCGUUCAUCUCAAAUAGGUUUUCACUCCCAGACACAGAUCAGCGGCAGUUACACUCUUAAGCGGUACCUGCUUUUUUAUUAUAAUGUAUUUUAACUCAAUGUGUUAUGCAUUUUUAUAUUACAUUACACUUUUGAGUUAGGGUUAGUGUUAAGGUAGUGUGGGUGCUAAUGGUUUGGGAAAGGGUUAAUGCUUAGUGGUAGUGUGGUGUGCCUGAGAUUAGUAGGAGUUACAGUUUUGGACAGCAACCAUUUCAGCUACUACAAUUAAAAUGGCAGCAGGUGCUGCUCAGGAGUCCAACUCCCACUAAUCUCAGGUAAACUGACUGUGAUGUGUGCUUAAUCACUGUUUCAUUACAGAGGAAUUAUUGCAUGCAUAACAUCACCAUCCAUACCGUACUUUAUUAUAGAACAUGAUCACGUAAUAUGUAUCAAUAACAAAUACAACAAACAUAUACUAUAGCUAAUCUCCAUAAAUCAAUGAAUAAGACUUGUCAAACAUCAGGUGCAAACAAUGCAUUUUCUAAAUAAUGGUCACACAUUCCACAGCUUAGACUUGUGGAAAUUCCUCCUCUACCCCUCCUUCCAAUAAAGGGCGAUUUCCUGUUAAUAUACUGUAUUGGGCAGCACAAAGAAAGAAGAAAAACCAGCGAAUGACACCAACAAACCAAAACAAGAGGACAAAAAAGAUGAUAAAAAGGAAAAUGAGUAAGUCUUCUGAGAUAUUGCUGUAGAUUCCACUCUUCAUUCGCAUUAUUAUUGAAACAAAAUGGCAUAAAUCCUAAUUUGUGAUAUUCUUCCCUAACUUAAAGUGACUUUGCAAGUUCUUUUAGAAAAGUUGGUUCUGAUGCAUUAGCCGCACACUUUCAUUCUGCCCAACACAUAUAGUUUGCCCUUGACUUGAGACAAUAAGGGAUUUUGCAAGACCAUGUCUGUCAAAAAAAACGAGAGAACACUUCCAUCAUGUACAAAUAAAAUCAGGAACAUUUUAAAAUGACCUGAACUGUAGACCAGAAUCUUUUGUAUAUAAAUCAUUUUGACAGUUUGGGGAUACUUCUCAGACUGGCACAGGUAGAUGAUUCCAAGGCCGAAUAAUUCUCAUGUUGGCACUUAUUGCUUUUAUCAUUGCCCCAUUUCUAUAGGUGACUUAUAGGCUUGAUUUCUACUUAUAUCCCAGCAAAACUGAGAGUCACAACAUUGCUUGGCUAAAGGAGUGCAGGUGAGGUCAAUAACUGCCUAAAAUAGCGAAUACAACAAAUAUUCCAAUUAAACAUAUAUUCUAAUAUGAAAUAGCAUUUACCCCAAAAACACACAGUGAUAAAGCAAACUAUGAUUUAUAGAAUGACACUAUAUCUCAAUAUAUAUAUACUAAAUAAUUAUUCUAGCAGAGUAUAUCCACAUAACAAAUCUAAAAAAAGAAGACAGAAUGUUUUAAUGCAAAUGGUAAAAGGAAAACGUACACCAUGUAAAUGUCUUAAAUAAUGAAUCCCCACAGCCAUAUAUUGCUCUGACCAUGUGUUGUUCUUCAGGAUAUGCACUUGUGCCACAUAGUUUAUGAUGUCCAUCUAUGCUGUAACUGUACUAUUUAUAUGAUUUAAACAAAUCUGCACUAACUGUAUAUUAAUAUGCUCGGAAAAAUGAGAUGAUGACUAAAACCAGAGUAUUAACAAUAUCAUAAUUUAUAUUUGGAUAGUACAGUGUUAAAAAAAACCCCACACCAAUUAAAUGAGUAUAUAUGCGAUUCAUCAUGAAAUAUGCAGUUUGAAUUAUACUUGUGAUUAUGAGACUUAAAGUGAAAUUCAGUUUCUUUUUGGUAUUACAUUUUUUCCCCCCGUAAAGUAAUUACAUUAGUUCCAAAGGAGCUUAUUAUAUAUAGAUUGAUGACAGAUCUACAUUUUCUAAAAAACUUUUUUACUCGCCAUCUGCUUAAGGCAUUUGUCAUAAAUUUGCCAACCAGCAGUAAUGCUAAAUAAAUGUAGUUUUGUAUGCAGACACAUUACAUAUGAAACUCAAUUAAACAGUAUCAUAAUCGUAUGCUAAUAGUUUAUAAUUCUUCAGAAAGAUAUUUUUUGACAGGGCAGUUAAAGUUUUUGUAUGUAAAGUGGGGUAAUAAGUGGAGGGGCCUGAGUGAAUUGUUGCCAGUAUUAAAUUAAGUCUGCUGAAUAUUUUGCAUUGAGAUCUUUUUUUAAAUGGCACUUCAUUUGUCAUGUGAGCGUCAUAAUAAGGGUUUAGUAAUGUAUGCUGUUAAUGACAUAAAAUGUUCCAAUCGCCAAUUGAACUGAUGUCACUUUGCUCCUAUUGGUUUUAUUGUAGUUUAUUUUAAUGGGCUUUUAAAGUAGUUAUAGUAGUUAUUAAUAAUUGUUAUUGUUUGCAGAGGACUCAAAACUCUGUAAAGUAAUACAAUGUGAGCAAGAUAUUACUUUGCUGCAGAGGGAUUUAGAUAGACUGGGGGACUGGGCACUCAAAUGGCAGAUGAAAUUUAAUGUAGAAAAAUGCAAAGUUAUGCACUUUGCCGUAAAGAACGCACAAACAACGUAUACCCUUAAUGGAAACGAAUUAGGGAUAACAACACACGAAAAGGACUUGGGAAUUGUUAUAGACAACAAAUUAUGCAACAAUGUGAAAUGUCAAUCAGUAGUGGCAAAGGCCAGUAAGGUAUUGUCAUGCAUGAAAAAGGGCAUUCAUUCUCGGGACGAGAAUAUAAUUUUGCCUCUUUAUAAAUUUCUGGUAAGACCACAUAUUGAAUAUGCUGUGCAAUUUUGGGCACCUGUUCUAAAGAAGGAUAUUAUGGCACUAGAAAAGGUGCAGAGGCGGGCUACAAAAUUAAUAAAAGGAACGGAACAUUUUAGCUAUGAAGAAAGGUUAACAAAUUUAAACCUCUUUAGUUUAGAAAAAAACGUUGCCUUAGAGGGGAUAUAAUAACAUUAUACAAAUAUAUCCAGGGCCAAUACAAACCACUGUGUGGAAAUCUAUUCACAAACAGGACUAUACAUUGGACAUGAGGUCAUGGGUUUAGACUGGAAGAAAUAAGAUUUAGUCUAAAGUAAAGGAAAGGUUAUUUUUACCAUAAAAACUCUCAGAAUUCUCUGCCUGAAGAAGUGGUCUUAUCAGAGUCCAUACAGAUUUUUAAACAGCAACUAGAUGCAUGCUUGCAAAAACAGAAUAUUCAAUUGUAUAGUUUUUUUUUUUUUUUAACUGUAAGGUAAUAGCUUCUUGAUCCAAGGAUAAAUCUGACUGCCAUUCUGGGGUCAAGAGGGAAUUUUUUUUUUUUUUCUGCGCCUUCUUUUGAAUUAACAGCGAAAAACAGAUGUAAGAAAGGCUGAACUUGAUAGACACAUGUCUCCUUUCGGCCUAUGUAACUAUGUCAGCACUGCAAGGUGCCACAACAUUUCAAAGAUAGGUUAAUGUAAGCCGCAUUGUAUGGCUUAGAUCCUUUAUUUCACGUUUAAAUGGAGCUGUGAAAAUUGCAACUUCUAAAUGCUGACCAAUGGAGCUACAGAAAGGUGAAACUACAGCACCAUUAUAUAAUAGUAAAUCACUGUUUGGUACAACAGAGUAAAAUCAAAAGUGGUUCAGCGGUGUAUCCUCUAAUCCUUCUAGACACUGAAGGUGCGGUGGGCACUAACUCAGAACACCCUAAUCCCAAUGUUUUCCAUAUAAUCUAACCUGAUUACCCCCUAACCUAAACUAUGCUUUAAUUGUAACUCUAAGUAUCCCUGAACCCAUACAAUAAUAACAAGGUUACGAAAGGCAUUGAACCAACACUAUGCCCAGCAUUUGGAAGGUGCUCUUUUUAGUGCAUCAAUUUUCAGGAUACUUCCGAAUAUGUUAUUAGGAUGUUUCCUGUAGUGCAGACAUGUCAAACUCGCAGGCCGCGGCGAGGGAGCACUGAGUGUAAGCUUUCCCUGCUCAGCUCCCCACAGUGAUUUGAAGUGAAAUCUCAUAUGAAGCUUCUUAUGGAAACAUUAUGGAAUGUAAACAUACUCUGGUGAAGUAUUGUAGGGUUUAUUCUUUAUAAGCUUAAACAUAUUAAAAUGAAAGUCGGAAGUGAUUAGAAGAUGCUACAUACAAAGGUGCCAAUGAUUUAAUUGGCAUUGUUAUUUUACAGUGGGGAUCACUGAUCUUCACUGAUCUUCAGUUUGAAGGCCAAAUCACGCAUAUUAUCUCUUCAGUUUGUAAUUUACAUGUAACAUUACAAUGGCUAAAAAUGUAUUUCAAGCUAUAUCAUUUUACUGCAAUAUUAUAAUUAAUGGUUAUUAUGUUCAUGUUUGUACACGAUGAAGGUAAACAGCUUGAACGUGUUGUUCUUUUACUCAAAUUCACCAGUUAAAAAAAAACCAAAAAAAAAACAAGGCCUCGAAAUUUCCCAACAUAGACAAACAAAACUUUAGCAAAACACCAAUAUAAGUUAUUCAUGAAAUGUUGAAAGAAUAGGUAACAGGAUAAACAACAGAGAAACAGAACUUUGUGUCAGGAGACCUCUCCAAUCACCCUUAAAGAGACACUGUAGUCACUACAACCAUUUCAACUAAUUGAAUUGGUUAUAGUGCCCGGGCACUGUCCCUCCAUUCAGUGUUAAACCAUGUUUGAGCAGUUUAACACUAAAUAAUGGUCCCUGGCUCUAAAGGAAUGCCGUAACUGAGUGCUAUACCCUUCCUCUAGCACCAAUUGGUGCAAGUGGAUUUUGCGCCCUUUCUCCCGAUUGGCUUCCGCGUGGCUUAGGCGCUAAAUUUGAAUCACCGGUCGAAACCAAUUGAUUCUAUGGAACUAUUUUAGGGUAUGCACAGAGCCUCAAGCCCAGACUUUGUUUGACAAUUUCUCUGGCUCUGUACAUCUGAUCGUUCCGCUAUUUGCAGGAAUCCUCACUGGGACCAGGAGCUAUUCGGGGAUGUAUGGCAUGUGGGGGUGCAUUACUGUAUUGUGUGUAUUUAUAGGUUUUUGUGUGUUUGAGAACAAAAAGGUAGGUUAGCGCUAAUAAUAACACAAUGAAUAGGCAGCGGCCUGACAGAGGGUAACCCUCUAACCCUCUAUAAUAGAACUAUACAACAAUAGAAAGGAAAGGCUGCGCCAAAAGGAAUGAUUUAAAACAAAUGGUAAAAGUAUAUAAAAAUAAAUAAAAUAUUACAAAUAGUCCCAAUAUAUAUUAGAGGUUGAACUGAAGUAAAAAUUGUCUUAGGCAAUGCUUCAGCUGGUGGAGUAUCUUCUCUGUUUAUAGUAGUUCUGAUCGUCUCGUGAUAUAGAAGACACAAGAAGAGAGGACCAAUCGUGCAGAGUGUAUAAAGUGAAUAUUUGUGAAUUAAAUUAUAGAUAUUACACUCACAUUUGGAUGAGCUAUGGCCAGCUCAGGUAUAACAGGCAUACAGCGGAACAAUCCCCGCUUGUAGGAUAUGUGGAUGCUUGUCCUCCGGAAGGGAAUGGUGUCCAACUCUCAGGGAAAAAGGAACAUAAAAACAACCCAUAGUGCUCUCUGAUGACACGAUAUAGAAGUUGAUAAAAUAAAAUAUACUCACAAGUGGAGUGCAGGCCUAACUGCACUCUGGUGAUAGCGUUGGUGGUAUAAUCCCCACCUUUGGAUAGGUUUAUGGAAUAAGUAAAAUGCCAGGAAAAAAUAAAAUAAAAUUGUGUGUAAAAGGAUAAUGGCACAAAAAUAUAGCCCAAAAAUCUUUUUAUUAUAUAAAAUACACAAUUUAUAAAACCAUUCACGUGUUUCGCCACUGGGGCUUUAUCAAAAUGGAAUAACAUUAAAACCUGGCAAAUAAGAGUAUAUAUAGGUACAAUGUUCAUUUAAAAAAUGGCACCAAAAAAAACGUCAUUAAUUAAUAGCCAAUCAGAGCAAUGCACAUAAUAAAAGUAGACUUUACAAUUGAAAAUAAAAUAGAGAAUAAAAGGAUUGGUAAUAGAAAUACUGUCAAACACAAUCAUUUGUGAUAAAAGUUAUUGAAAAACAAAGUUUCUGAACAUAAAUAUAUAUGUAUGUGUUUAUAACAUGUCACGUGACUCGCACAGCACUAUGGGAAAUGUAGUGCGCGAGUCACGUGACCGGCGUCCACAGUAUCACACAGAUCCGGAAGUUUAGUGGUACUUGGCCGGGCUUAGGAUGCGUCACGUGACUUGCAGCACAUAGGAAAGUGUAGUGCGCGGGUCACGUGAUCGGCAUCAAUAGGGGAAUUAUGGCGGCGCAUGGCCACAUGGGAAAUGGAGUGAUUUCAAGUAUGGCCGCCAUUUUUGUAUGCGGCUUAUAUAUAUUUUAGGCAGGAUUUUAUAUCUAUAAUAUUAGUAAAUGUAUCAGCAUAUAAACUGAUAAAAAGAAGGAAAAGACUUAUAAUGGUGCUGGUUUUGUACCAACUAGUAAAUUGAUGUAUGUCAAGGGGCUGUGUGGGAAAACAUUAAUAGGGGAAGCCAUAUUAACUGUGGGCAUACAUAUAAAAAAAAAAGAUUAAAAUGCAUGUAAAUAUUUAAGAUCAAAAUAAAAUAAAUAUAAAAUAUAAAACAAAGGCUAGAGUAAUGAUUAAAGGAAAAUGACAGCUAUUUGUAAUAUUCAAGUAUAUAACCUUAAGUUUUACAAAUGUAAAUUGACAAGCAUUAUGAUAGCACAUACUGAUAGAAAUGCGGUCAGGUUGGGGGCAUCCUAGACUAUAAUGCCGUAGGUAACAACUAUGAAUAGGAUAGCCCCAAUAUGACAGCAAAAAUCAGUACAUAUACUAAAUCUAGAAACAUAUAAAAUAGUUAAAAUAGUUAAAAUAAUGGGAACAGUUAAAACAAAUGGUAUUAUAAAAAAUUGUAUAAAUCAAAGUCUGCAUUUAAGCCCUGGGGGCUAGGGUCUGUAAAUUGAAGACCCACUCCAUUUCUGAUUUUCCUAAAAUGUUUUUUAUAUUACCGCCUCUCCAAGGGACCUUACAUUUUUUAAUUUCAAUACAUUUUAGAAAUUUUGGAUCUCGAUUAUGUUUAGCGAAAUGCUUAGAUGCGGAAUGAUUUGGGUACCCAUUUUUUAUGUUUCUGCAAUGUUCUGCUAAUCUUGUUUUUAGGCACCUAGUGGUCAUACCCACGUAUUGGAGGCCACAUGGGCACUCCAAUAAGUAGAUAAUAUUAGUUGUAUUGCAUCCAAUAAAAUCUCUUAUGUUAUAACUCUUAUUAGUUAUAUUAGAUCUAAAACUGGUAACUUUUGAAUGUGUAGAGGGGUCGGUGUUUUUACACACAAUGCAGCGUUUGCAUUUAUAUAAACCUGUUGCUCCAUCUAAAAAGGUGUGAUUGGUAUUUUUGAUUUCUCUAGUAUAGUUAUUAGUUAAAAUAGAUCUAAAAUUAGGUGCACCUCUAAAAACAAUUUUGGGUUUUGUUGGUAAAAUCUCUUUGAGAAAGUCAUCUUUUAAAAGGUGCCAGUGUUUUUUAAUAGUUUUUUUAAUAAAACCGCUUUCAUUAUUAUUAUAAUUAAAAACUAUAGGAAGGGUAGGGGCUUCUGAGGUACUUUUAUCCUUAUAAGUUAAAAGGCUUUCUCUUGGUUUGUUUCUCACUGUUUCUAUAGUAUUGUUCAAUUGUGUAGGUGAGUAAUUUUUUUCUAUGAAUUGUUUUUUUAGAACCAACGAUUGCUCAUUAAAAUCAUCAAUGUGAGAACAGUUUCUACGUAUUCGUAAAAAUUGGCUCUUGGGGGCAUUUUCAAGCCAAGGCUUGUAAUGACAGCUGGUUUGGUCUAUUGCUGUAUUAGUGCAUACUUUAAAAAAAAAAAAGUUUUAGUGUGUACUGUCCCAUCUUUAAUAAAAAUAUUUAAAUCUAAAAAGUUAAUUGUGUCUUUGCUAUAUUCACAAGUCAAGACAAUCCCUCUGUUAUUGGAGUUAAGAUGUGUUAUAAAAGAGUUGAGGGAAUCCUCAGAGCCCUUCCAUAUAAAAAACAAAUCGUCAAUGUAUCUAAAAUAGGAGACCAGGCUAUGCUCCCAGGCAUGCCGUCCCCAGACAGCACUAGAUUCCCAGUCUGCCAUAAAGAGGUUGGCAUAGCUGGGGGCAAACCUGGUCCCCAUAGCUAUCCCUCUCUUUUGAAGAUAAAAGGAAUAAAAAAAACAGAAAUAAUUAUUAUUUACUUAUUCCAUAAACCUAUCCUGAGGUGGGGAUUAUACCACCAACGCUAUCACCAGAGUGCAGUUAGGCCUGCACUCCACUUGUGAGUAUAUUUUAUAUAUAUUAUAUAUAUUUUAUUAUAUAGUAUAUUUUAUUUUAUCAACUUCUAUAUCAUGUCAUCAGAGAGCACUAUUGGUUGUUUUUAUGUUCCUUUUUCCCUGAGAGUUAGACACCAUUCCCUUCCGGAGGUUGUUCCGCUGUAUGCCUGUUAUACCUGAGCUGGCCAUAGCUCAUCUAAAUGUGAGUGUAAUAUCUAUAAUUUAAUUCACAAAUAUUCACUUUAUACACUCUGCACGAUUGGCCCUCUCUUCUUGUGUCUUCUAUAUCACGAGACGAUCAGAACUACUAUAAACAGAGAAGAUACUCCACCAGCUGAAGCAUUGCCUAAGACAAUUUUUACUUCAGUUCAACCUCUAAUAUAUAUUGGGACUAUUUGUAAUAUUUUAUUUAUUUUUAUAUACUUUUACCAUUUGUUUUAAAUCAUUCCUUUUGGCGCAGCCUUUCCUUUCUGUUUUUGUGUGUUUGGCUUCCUGUGUCCAGGAGAUACCAUUAUCUCCCAGACACAGUAAUGCCGGGGUGGGCUUAUGUUUUAUAUUGCUGUAAAUGGAGACCCCUGUGGAGGUCUGUGCAUAAAUACCGUGUAUCUUGCCUGAAAGAAGGGUUCUUUUUCACCCUUCAGUAAGUCCUGACUAGUGUUUGGGUGAUACCACAUUUGCACUUCUGCAAGCGACUAUAAUCACUGGCUCACAGCUAUAAUCACUCUAGGGCUGGGCACAACUAGUAAGGGGUGACCAUAGGCAGUAGUAACCCAUCUGCCAGAGGGUGUGUUACUGUAUUGUGUAUAUAUAUUUUUGUGUGUGUGUGUUUGGCUUCCUGUGUCUGGGACACAGCAACGCUGGGGUGGGCUUAUGUUUUAUAUUGCUGUAAGUGGAGACCUCAUUUACAACUUGGAAGGGGCGACCACAGGCGGUAGUAACUUUUCCUCGAGAGGCUAUACCACCACAUCUGUUGGCAGAGGUGGGAUAGAUGUGGAGGUAUGCCCUCUCGAGGAUGGAUUACUACUGCCUGUGGUCACCCCUUUCUAGUUGUGCCCAGCCCUAGAGUGAUUAUAGCUGUGAGCUAGUGAUUAUAGUCGCUUGAAGGGCAAUUGUGGUAUCACCCAAACACUAGUCAGGACUUAGUGAAGGGUGAAAAAGAACUGUUUAUGUCAGGCAAAAUACACGGUAUUUAUGCACAGACCUCCACAGGGGGUCUCCAUUUACAGCAAUAUAAAAUAUAAGCCCACCCCGGCAUCACUGUGACUGGGAGAUAAUGGUAUCUCCCAGACACAGGAAGCCAAACACACAAAAACCCCAUAAAUACACACAAUACAGUAACGCACCCCCACAUGCCAUACAUUCCAGAAUAGCUCCUGGUCCCAGCUAGGAUCCCUGCAAAUAGCGGAAUGAUCGAAUGUACGAAAAUAGUUCUAUAGAAUCACUUGGUUUCAACCGAUUAUUCAAAUUUAGCGCCUAAAACCAUGCGGCGGCCAAUAGGGAGAAAGGGCAUGAAACCCACUUGUACCAAUCAGCGCUCAGGGAGGGGAUGGCACUCAGUGACAGUGUUCCGUCACACGGACCACCCACAGUCCAACCCCUUCUUGGUGAGGCCAAGGCAGAGAAUACAUACUUUGUCAUACCCAUUUAUACUGAUAAGCUUAAAGCAGUCAGCUGACACUCUUAUCCAACCACAGCUGCUCAUUCUAACUUUUCCUCACUAGCCAAAGCAUCACAUUAAAACAUCAAAAACUGUUUAAUGCUGAAUGAAAUUACAGUACCAGGAAACUCCAAACACUAUUACCAGUUUAAUAAGAUGAAGCAGACACGGUGCCUACAGUGUCCCUUUAAUCACAUGUCCCCCAGCUUUCAUACCUUGACCAAUUCAAUUUGGGUCACAAUCAACAGUAACUCAGUGUAACUCUCCUUCACCAUGCAUGACAUAAUGACUAGUUACAACACUUCGUGCACACUACAAUUACAUUUGCAAAUCGAGUAAGGGUACUUUCCUAGUCUCACUAAGUACUUUGCCCAGUCUUACUGAUUACUGGCAUGUAGCAAACGCCCAUGUAAAAUCUUAAUAGUAAACAACAAACACAAUAAUACCUGUACAUAUGCGUCGUAUAUAAUUUCACAACGUGCAAUUUCUCUUCAACAGAAAGAAGAAAGAAAUUUUUGUAAUUGAUCCAGCAAGCAAUUUCUAUUAUAGAUGGCUCUCAAUCAUCUCUUUACCGGUGCUUUACAAUUGGUGUUUAUUAGUAUGUAGGUAUGUGUAUAUACAUAUAUUUGACUGCGGUCAAUGUCUAAGUCUUCUAAAUAUGAUGUUAAAUACUAAAUCUUUUUGUCAUUAGAGCUUGUUUUGAUGAGCUCCAGAAGACUAAUACCACAUUGUGGCUGGUCUUGGAUUACAGCGCAGAUCUCAUAUAUGUUCUUGAUACAAUGGUGCGAUUCAGGACAGGUGAGUUACAUUCAAUUCUAUAAAAACGUAAUUUAACUUAUAAAACCAGGUUUGUGUCUUCCACAUUGGAAUUAGUGUAGGACCCACCGAUAUUGGGGUCCUGUGAUUUAGUGGUUGACUUAACACAAUAUGGCCAAUGAUGGAAUUGAACCCCAUUUUUGCUUGCGGAGAUAAGGGAUUUUAAGUGGCCUUGUAAAAUGUAAAAAAAAGCACCAUUCCUGUGAAAUGCAUGUGUUGGAUGUUCCGCCAAUUCCUUUUUGUCUUUACUUUGCAGUGAUUGUGUGCUUAAGGACUGUAGUGUAUAGAUGUGUAUAGGCGAUGUAGUGUGUGUAGGGGCUGUAGAGUGUGUGUGUUUAGAGAAUGUAGUGUGUGUUUGCGUACAGGGAGUCUAGUGUGUUUAGUGGAUCCAGAGUGUGUAAAGGUUGCAGUGUAUGCAUAAAAAAAAUUACAAAAAUAUGCACCAGGCGUCCGUGACCCAAGAAUCGGCCCUGAGGAGUGUCCCUUAAAAAUAAUUUAAUAAAAUGUACACUAACCCAGAUUUACUAGCUCUUGUAACGUUAUUAAAUAAAACAGGAAAGUAUCAGCGCUAUUUGAGUAUGGUAUCUUAAGAUUUCUAUAUAAUCCAAGCAGCUGCUAACCACCGUGAGAAUCUUUUAAACAAAAGUGAUAGAAAGUAGUAGGUAAUAACGGUGUAGCGCUUAUGUGCAGAAUUGAAUAAAGAAGUUUACCCAAUUUUUCUUCUAUGUUAAUCAGUUAUUCUUUGUUAACCUUAAGGUAAAAAUGGAAAAAAUAACGUUAUUAUUGAAUUAUUUUAUACUUAGAAACAACAAUCUUUGUGUUUGGUACCUUCAACUCCUUAAACCACCCAUGAUAAUAAUAAUAAUCAUGAUUACAAUAUAAAUGCCCAGUUUAGGUGCUACAUUUCCGUUACGAUACAACAGAGAACUCAAGUAUUUUGAGACAAAGGUCCAACAUAAAUUCAUUUAAAUCUCCAGUUUAAAAAUGAUAUCUGUUUAAAUAUGAAAAUAAGUGUCCGUUAUUUUGAAGUUAAUGUCAUUAUUUUAGUAUCUGAUUGACUGUGUUUAAUUUCCUAGGUUUUCUCGAGCAGGGCUUGCUGGUGAAAGAUGCCAAGAAGCUUAGAGAACAUUAUUCAAAGACACUACAAUUUAAGCUUGAUGUAUUGUCUUUGUUACCAACAGAUUUGGCCUACUUAAAAGUAGGGCUUAACUACCCAGAGUUACGAUUUAACCGCCUCCUGAGAUUUGCCAGAAUGUUUGAAUUCUUUGAUCGUACAGAGACCAGAACAAAUUAUCCAAAUAUUUUUCGUAUUGGAAAUCUUGUUCUUUAUAUUCUAAUUAUCAUACAUUGGAAUGCCUGUAUAUAUUUCGCAAUAUCAAAAGCCAUUGGGUUUGGAACAGACACAUGGGUAUAUCCAAAUAUUUCCCAUCCAGAAUAUGGGCGCCUUGCAAGGAAAUAUAUCUACAGUCUUUACUGGUCAACCUUAACUCUCACAACCAUUGGAGAAACUCCACCACCAGUCAAGGAUAUAGAGUUUCUCUUUGUUGUUUUUGACUUUCUUAUUGGUGUGCUUAUUUUUGCUACCAUUGUGGGUAAUGUUGGGUCCAUGAUAUCAAAUAUGAAUGCAUCACGGGCAGAGUUCCAGGCCAAGAUAGAUUCUAUAAAACAAUACAUGCAAUUUCGUAAAGUUACCAAGGACUUGGAGGCAAGGGUUAUAAAAUGGUUUGAUUAUCUCUGGACAAACAAGAAAACAAUGGAUGAGAAAGAAGUACUAAAGAGUUUACCAGACAAAUUGAAGGCUGAAAUUGCAAUCAAUGUUCAUUUAGAUACUUUGAAGAAGGUACGGAUCUUCCAAGACUGUGAGGCAGGACUUCUUGUGGAACUAGUACUUAAGCUGAGACCUCAAGUCUUCAGUCCAGGAGAUUAUAUAUGUAGAAAAGGAGACAUUGGGCGUGAAAUGUACAUUAUUAAAGAGGGCAAGCUAGCUGUUGUGGCAGAUGAUGGUGUGACGCAGUUUGUAGUCCUCAGUGACGGCAGUUAUUUUGGAGAAAUCAGCAUAUUAAACAUCAAGGGAAGUAAAUCAGGUAACAGAAGGACAGCUAACAUCCGAAGCAUUGGGUACUCAGACCUCUUUUGUCUUUCAAAGGAUGAUUUGAUGGAGGCCCUCACUGAAUACCCAGAUGCUAAAAGUGUAUUAGAAGAAAAAGGGCGUCAAAUUCUCAUGAAAGAUGGUUUGAUAGAUGAAGAAGCAGCAAGAGCAAGUGCUGACCCAAAAGACGUGGAGGAAAAAGUUGAAAGGCUAGAAUCUUCUUUUGAUAGUCUACAGACCCGAUUUGCUAGAUUAUUGGCAGAAUACAACUCAACUCAGUUGAAACUCAAACAAAGGAUUACCAAGGUAGAGAGAAGAAUACAGAAAUAUGGGAGUGCAUAUAUUUCAGAAGGACCAGACAGUGCUGGAGAAACAGACAAAGCUGAAGACAAUGAAAAUGAUUAAAAUACAUGAACAUACAGAUGCAGUUGCACUUAGCCUAACUAUAAAGCCAGAUCUACGGUUUAUUUGUAUGUGUUAACUAAACAAAACCAAAGUAAUCAUUUCAAGUUCCUUAUAAAAAAAAAAAAUGAAUACAUUUACCAGAAGGUUGGACACAUAGGGGGAUAAUUAUUGCACUUCUGUGAUCUGAAAAGUGGUACAAUAUCCCAAAAAUGGGGCCUUUACUAUGGAAGCCAAUGGAAUCAGCAGACAUAUUUCAUUGGUCAUUACUUUGACAACACUUUGACGUAUAUCAUCAGCAGGGUUUAUCCACUAAUCAGUGAAUUGUAGUGGAUUGAAAUGAUUGCUUAUAACUGGGGAAAUCCAGAUAAUUUUGAUUUUUUUUUUCAGUUCCUCUUUAGUCCUAGCUUUCCUAUUUUAAACUAAAUUAUGCAAAUUAUUUACAGUUCACAGGUAAGUACUGGUUAGUGAGUACACACCUGACUAUUGUUAUAUCUACCAUUUCAGAUACAGAUUUUUAGACAUGUGACAAUUGCAGAGCAUGAAUUUUAUAUAUCUUUACUUACGGACUGUUAUACCUAGCACCCGUUUUUAAGGAAGUAAUAUGUCAACAAUACAGGGAAACAAAAAAAUUGUUUUGCUUUGGAUACAUUUGACUUUUUCAAUAUAUUUUUAUAUUCACAAGAUUUACGAAUUAAUAAUAUUUUUAAGAAACCUAAUGUAAUAAUAAAGUGGUUUAUGUUUAUAAGCCAUUGUAGUGGC